GUAUGACUGGUCCGCGAGGUAAUACGGCAGCGAGCGCACGCGCUGCAGCAGGGAACGAGUGGGGGAACUUAGAGCAGUCCCAUCAAGGGACAGACAGGGUCCGUGAACGUCUCCUGUCAUGAACACUUGGACCAAUUCAGCGAUUUAACGACGUAUUUUUUCACGUUCACUUUGCGCGUACAGGAUUAGAGAAGUUGUUUAAACUGGGAAGUUUUCCACCCACAGCAGCAUUUCUGGAGCCUGAAAGCCGGUUGGCUCAACAGAGGAGAGAACUAACGUAAACUACUGUGAGUUCAGAUGCUGGGAACAGGAUUUCGUGACUUACCUGCUUAAAAAGGAUUUUUUUUUCUCCAACUGAAGUUUGUUUUAUUGUAUCGUGGUUGUGUCUGUUUGGUAUUCGUAAACACGCUGAGAGCCCUCCAACUUUCUGGGAGCAAAAGACAGAUUAUUUCAGCAAGGUUUCAUAAAAAGAGACAAAGAUUACUGUGUCGGGCAAACAGAAGUGGAUUUAUUUUCCGCCAUGGAUGUAACAGUUUACCCGCCUCCUCCUCAGCCUCUGUCCGCUUCAGACCACACCAGGUUGGGACAGCUCUCCUACUCUGAGCCAGCCUUCGGGACCAACAAGGUGAGCAUAAAGAAACUGAAUUAGCAUAGUCUCACUAUGCUUUAAGUGUCAAAUUAUGAUCGCCCGCGGUCUUCUCCUUUGUCUCCAUUUUUCCAGCUUUGCCAAUUAAGCGGUAGGCUAAUUAAUUGCUUUAUUGGGCUGUAAUAAUUAAAGCAGUCAUCGAUGGUAACUUUGUUUUUGUCGAUCACAUCAAUUCGUUUGGUGAUAUUAAGAUUGUAAUUUCAUCCCCAGCGAACAGUGAUGUCAUGAUACUUUAAUUAAAACUUCCACAAUGGUGGGCUAAUUGAAAAGUUUGGUUCAGUUAUAGACGGAAAGGUUGGGUUUUAAUGAAGUAAAGAGAGUGAGGAGAACAGAAAAGCUGUUAUUUAAUGGCAUCUUAAGAUUUAAUUGGCCAUAUAUUUACUGCUUUACAGCACAACUCCUCAUUUGUGUCUUGUGAUGCUUGCAAUAAUUGAUGCCUGGGAAGGUCAAAUGGCUUACUCCCUCCAUAGCAGGGUCAAAGGUCAGAGUCAGAUACACAAGAGAAAACCUGAAGCUGGUAGAAAGCCUUUUGUUUAGAAUAAUUUGUAAAAUCUAUCUAUCUAUCUAUCUAUCUAUCUAUCUAUCUAUCUAUCUAUUUAUCUAUCUAUCUAUCUAUCUGUCCGUCCGUCUGCAGAGUGCAUACAGGACACAGCCAGACCAUGCUUGUUUGACAGUGAUAAAUUGCUUAAUUAUUUGACUGGGUGCAGCUGAUUUGUGUGACUCAGGACAGAUUAUUAACCUCUCCUCAUCUUCUAAUUAUCAGCACAAUGACAUUAAAAUUAGUUUGAUUGCAAAAUGAAAUGUAUGAUUUUUUUUUAAUCCAUCAGAAUUUUUACUGUACUUUUAAAGGUCACAGGCUGUUCAUUUUAAAGAGUGUGGUUUUAGUCAUACCACAGAGGGUCCCCAUGUGGUCAGUUUUUAGUAACAGUCUACUUGGUUUAUCGACACGGGUUUGGGUUAUUUUGAUCAAGAUUUUAGUACAGUCUAAUGAUAAAUAUAGUCUUCAAGAAAGUCCUCUGAACUGUUUCCACAGAGCACCACUGACAGCUCUUUCACAUGUGCACUCAUGAGCAUUGAUGGAAAUGUUCAUAAGUUCUGUUUUUGAAAUUUUCGUGUUGCAUUUCCCUCAUUUGGCAUUCUUAGGAGGCAGGACGUAAGAAAAAAAGCAUGCUUUAAAAGCCACAGUCUGACGUAUACAACACAAUGAUGGUAAGGCAACAGAGACCUUGGCUGGGAUGACACCCAGCCUGUUUGCACAAUGUUCAAAGUUUAAUUGCAUCAGUCCAACUGAAACUGGACUUUAAAAUACACAUCAACACAUCAGUCUGACUGAAAUGUACCAAAUCUGACAUCUCGUAGUUAGACUAAUACACUUAGACAAUGUAGCUGAGGAUGAGUUUCUCUUACAUAUAUACACAAGCAAGAGAAACUGAUCCUGAAACUGGCCCAUGCAUUAUGUGCAUGCUCCACAAGUGGCAGGCCAGGCUUUGAAGUUAAAGUUAAAAAGAAAAAGAAAGGGGAAAUUAAUUGGUUCUUGUCCCAGUAAACAACUAAUUUACAAAGUUUAUCCCUCUCCGCUACAGUGGGUGAUGAUACAUCCUCUUUCAGCCAGACAGUAUUGGAUGCUCUUAUCGUUGACCUACCACGUACCAAAACAAUUGACAAACAAGUUAACAGAAGACAGACUGCUUGUGCAUUGAAUGGCCAAAACAUGAACGACUCCACAAUUAUGUACCUUUUACAUAUGAUCUAUGCUUCAUUUUUGACUCUCUACUUUACAGUUGGCGGCUAAUUGAGCUGCAUGUGCAAAAAGUUCCCUUCGGGGAUUAAUAAAGUUAUUAUUAUUCUUAAGAGAAAAUUAAUCUCUGACUGCAUUAGCUAGGUAUAUUUGUUUGACUUAGAAAACCUAACUUGGUCAAAUUAACACAUUUACAUGUAUUUUUCUGUCACAGUCAGACCAACGCAAUGAAUAGAAUUUUUUAACAUGUAAUAUCCUGCAGUCUAUUUAAGGCACCUGUGAUCUCCUCUCUAAAUAACAUGACUGUAUAGACUAAAGCUACAUUUUGUCUCUGUAACUCCUGUUAACUAAGCUCCAUACGCCUUUAUUAGAGUCAUCGCACUUCCAAAUCAAUCCCUCUGUGAGACCAAAAAGGAUUUUAAACAUGCUCUGUACAGCUUUAAAAGAGAAAUGUACAAACUGAGAGUUCAAGUAAAUUAAAUCAGGGGAAUUUUUUUUAAUUUAAAUAGUUCUCAAAGACAGUUAACAUUUUUAAAAACCUUUUCCAACUAAUGCUUCCCAGUCCACAAAGUGAGGGGUGCAGGUUAGUGGUUUUGUGCUGAUACUGGAAAUACAAAUAUUUUCAUACUCAUUUUGUCCUAUACUCAUAUCAGUACCAAUAGGUAAACACCUUUCUUGUCAUAGUAAAGAAUGCAGAGUAGAGUACUCUGGAGUAGCAUUUACCUGUUACUCUUUGGGAUUGUGUCCAAUGGGGCGUUUUUUUUUUUUUUUUAAUGCGCUCAUGACUUCAGUUUCAGGGCACUUCUCUGAGUUGUUCUGUAGCACUUUUGCUUCCUUUAGCAAUAAUGGUUUGGUCUGCUCUAUUUUCUACAUAUUCACUUUAUAUUAACAGCAUUCCAUAUAGAUAACUUAAAAACUAUUGAGAGCAAUUGUUUCAUAGCAUAAGCAGCGGCUCCAGAUCCAGACCAGAAAAAAUGAGCAUGAUCACUUUCUAUCCUGUACAAACUACCAUUGUUGUUAACAAUGAUCUCAUCAGAGGUUCUUCCCCAUACUUGAUUCUGAUUGGUUAGUGGUCAAGAAAUUACAUUGAUGAGUGUAGCAGUGAUUCAAAACUUAAAUUCUUCUCAAUGAGAGCCCUGAGAAAACAGCAAGAAAAAUUGGGUGACUUUGAGCAUGUUUUUGCACUGUAGGUGCUUGGUGCUGAGCAUGCCACGCUGCAGUCAGUUUGAAAGAUAACUGAAUGAACUCCUUAGUUUGAGUCUUAUUGUUGGAGAAACAGACAUAAACAAGACAAAAACUUGAUUGGACUAUAUAGGAGCAAAGUAUUCUUUACAAAGAUAUUCAAUAGCAAUUCUGCUGUCUGUCUGACACUUCAGAAUACUUCUAUACAUAUGGGCAGGUGCAAGCUGUCAUCACAUACCAACCAAUUAUAUAAUGCAUUAAUUUUUGGCUGAUGAUACAAUCAACAAAUGUUUAAGGCCUUUUUUUGCCAGUAUGAUAGUAUGAUAAAUGAUAUUAUACAUCCUUACAAAAUGUAGACAUAGAAGUAAAGAAAGGCUAUGAAAGUACAUUUUCUGAUGGUAGAGGUGUUUGGUAGGGUUGUUUUCAGCUUUGAUUACACAGCCUGGCCAAAAAAGUUGCCACAAAGAAAAGGUCAUUCACUCUAAUAUUUCGUUGAACCACCUUUAGGUUUGAUUACGGCACACAUUUGCUGCGGCAUUGUUUUGAAAAUGACAGAAGAUGUAUUUCCAUCCAGUGUUGCAUUAAUAUUUCAUCAAGAUCUUGUAUUGAUGAUGAGAGAGUCUGACCACUGGGCAUAGCCUUCUCCGGCACAUCUCAAAGACUUUCAAUGGGGUUAAGGUCUGGACUCUGUGGUGGUCAAUCCAUGAGUGAUAAUGAUGUCUCAUGCUCCCUGAACCACUCUUUCACAAUUUGAGCCUGAUGAAUCCUGGCACUGUCAUCUUGUAAUAUACCCAUGCCAAGAGGGAAGAAAAAAUUAAUUGAUGGAAUAACCUGGUCAUUCAGUAUAUUCAGAUAGUCAGCUGACCUCACUCUUUGGGCACAUAAUGUUACUGAACCUAGACCUAAAUGACUGCAGCAACCCCAGAUCACAGCACUGCCCCAUAGGCGUGUACAAUAGACAUUAGGCAUAAUGGGUGCAUCACUUCACCUGCCUGUCUUUUUACCCUGAAGUGCCCAAUGAGAAGUUACUUAUUGCAUUAGCUGGGGUUAAAUAAGUUGUUACCAGCUGAAAGAUAAUCACCCAUGCAGUAAUUAUCCAAUAGGUGGCUCGUACUUAUUUGCUGAGUUAAAUCCAGGUGCCAACUUUUUUUUGGCCAGGCAGUGUAUUUUUUUGGCUGCAUUGCUCCUUAUGUUGUAUGUAUGUAUGUAUUUGUAGAAAGAUUCUUUUGGGAUUUUGUCUGUCAUUUAGUGAAAAAUUGAGAAUGCAAGAUACUGGAUUUUUGCUGAUAAAAUGAUCAUUUCAAAACUGUCGUAGCUGGUACUGAUACUGAUUCCUUUCAUAAACAUGUUUUAUUCACUGUAACAAAACACAAAGACCCAAAAUAGAAGUGACAGGUAAACUCUCAUACUGGAGAGCAUUUAAAAAACAGGCAUUAAUGAGACAAAAAUCCUGAUUCUACAGUAGUUUUUUCUUUUUCAUACAGUACAGGCCAAAAGUUUGGAUACACCUUCUCAUUCAAUGUCUUUUCUUUAUUUUUUAUAUGACUAUUUACAUUGUAGAUUAUCACUGAAGGCAUCAAAACUAUGAAUGAACACAUGUGGAAUUUUGUACUUAUUAAAAAAGUGUGAAAUAACUGAAAACACGUUUUAUAUUCUAGUUUCUUUAAAACAGCCACCCUUUGCUGUUGAUGACAGAAGUACUUAGUGACUGACUCUGUCAGUCACAAAGUAACCCUGACAAGGCACACCUGUGAAGUAAAAACCAUUUCAGGUGACUCAUUGAGUCACCUCAUUGAGAGAACAGCAAAAGUUUGCAGCGCUAUCAAAAAAGCAAAGGGUGGCUACUUUGAGGAAUCUAAAAUAUAAAACAAGUUUUCAGUUAUUUCACACUUUUUUCUUAAGCACAUGAUUCCACAUGUGUUCAUUCAUAGUUUUGAUGCCUUCACUGAAAAUCUACAAUUUAAAUAGUAAUGAGAGUAAAGAAAAUGCAUUAAAUGAGAUGGUGUGUCCAAACUUUUGGCCUGUACUGUAUAUCGACAGUCAGUAAUGUGUUUGCUCUCUGGUUACGAUACUUGAUAUAAAAUAUGUGUUAAAAACAUUCCAGUUUUUUUGUACUGGUAAAACAUACAGAAAUAUACAUAGUGAUACUCCUAUGGACCCUUUAGCAGCACAACAAAGAGUCAAAUAAAGAUCAACACAUUGAGAACCUUGGAGUGCUUUCCUGAAAUUUAACAGCAGCUGAUUUAUUAGAACAUUACAUAGUAAAUAUAGUAAUCUAGUGUGUUCAAUGUUAGCCUCAGUUACAUAUGAUGACUGAACUAAUUGUACUGUACAUUGAAAUGCCUUCAAUGAGCUCAAAAUGUAACAUCAUGUGUAGAGAUGUUCAACGCACAGCAUCACACUGUUCACACAGCUCUGUAUCUGUUUCAGAGAGAGGAGGGAGAGAUUAAAGAUAGAGGCUGGAGAUGUAGAGAAAGCAAGAGAGCUGUGUGGUUGGGGGUAGGGACUGAAAGGAGAGAGAAGGAGGGUAGGGCUGUUGGGGGUAGGGAUGUUGUAGAUGAAAAAGAGAGAGAGAGUAGCAGCGAGUGAGUGUAGUGGGGGUGGGGCCUCUUUAGGUUUGUGCUAUAUUUCUCUCUCCCUGUCUUUUGAUUCACGGCUCUGUCAGCCUGAUAGAAGAGAUCAUAUUACUCUGUGGGGAAACAGAGAGAGAAAGAAAGAGGGGAUGAAAUAAAAACUGAGAAAGAGAGAAAGAGAGAGAGAAAGGUGGAGGAAAGAGGGAGAGACAGACAGACAGGAAGUAAGGAGGCACAGAAGAAACAAACAAGUGAAAGAAAAAAGAGGAGGAACAGAGCAGAGGAUAUAAGAAAUAGAAUGAAGGGAGGCUCUCUGUUGGUGUGUGUGAGAAAGAGACCGCGUGUCCUACAAAUGUGUGUAAAGAUGGUCAACAAAUCAGAGGAUUUUUACUGGUGGUUUGAUUCUAAAACUUGUGUUCUGACCGCUUUAUGCACUGUAACUUUAACAUCAGAGUAGCCUUCACUGAAAAAUGACUUCCUGAUUAUUACUAGCUGUAAACAGAUCUUCAUCCUUGGAUAAUCAUUGAGCUGAUAUUUAGUAUAUGGCUGAUUUUCUGUGUUAGCCUUUUAUUUCAUAGAUUGCUGAUAAUAUUCAUUCACGAAAAACUGCGCCAUUGUAACCCCUCUGCUGGUGUGUCUCUCCCUCUGAUUUGUUUUCUUGCUCUACUGCCCCCUCCAAUGUCCUGCCUACAACAUCAUCUGAUUGGCUAGAUGUCACACAAUUGUGUGCUGCAGCUGUGCGUGUUAAGCCUGGUUUAUACUUCUGUAGCAAACCUAAGCAGUAGCUACAGCACUCUGCAUCAUUAAAAUACUUCACUUUGUGCAUCGAUCUCAGCACCUGGGCGCGUUUGUGCCUUAGUAGAAUGAAAUGAAGGGAGUGAACCAUCUUGUCAGUCAUUCAGGAUCUUUGUAUCUGUGGGGGGAGGUGGAGCUGCAAGCACACACACACGGACCCAGCAGGUGAGCCUUGUGAGGAGCCUGGAAGAACUUAUUGCAAAGCCAAAUGCCACUGCUUCAAGCCCAAUGAGCCAGGUGGGACCAUCAACACAGGCAAGCCAGUAUGCUGACUUUGUUGAUAAAUGGUAGCGACAAAAAAAGCAACACAACCAACUUUGAUGCCCACCUCAAACACAAUCGCCUGGUUAAGUUUUUCCCGCUGAGGAAAAAAAAAUGACCCUGGGAUGCCGAGCUGUUGGCCCAACAGUCAAGGCUUACCGAAGCGUUUGGUCGACCAAACAAGAACAGUGCAACAGCGCAAAAUGGUGUGUGCUCACAGAAAGUGUAGUUUGCUACGUUGCCAAAGAAAUGCUGCCAUUUAGUACGGUUGAAAAGCCAGCAUUUCGAGAAAUGAUACAAACUUUUGACCAACAAUACGAAUUGCCCUCCAGAAAAUAUAUGAUAUAUUAACAUUAUAUUAGUGGUUAUUUUCGGUUGUCUGUUAACUUCUGUAUAUAAUGUUGAACUGUUAAUCAGUUUGAACCAACACAAGUUUUGAGUUGGAAUCUAUAAUUUUUCAAAUUCUAAAAUUCUCAGUGUAUCCCCUACAUUCAUUCAAGUGAAUAAUGAAUGAAUGAUCAUUAAUAUCAAUGCACUACCAAUGAUUUCUACUCGCACUGUGUGUAUGGAAACGAUUGUGACUCAUAUCCCAAAUUCAAAAGCAUUAGCAGAAAUGCUUUUUCAUUUCAAAGUCAUGGCUGCAAUAUUUGACUCAAAAAUAAAAAUCAAAAGCAAUAUUCCAAAAUGCUAUUUCAUUUUCUUCUUCAAGACUGCUCAUUUUGUGACUAAAUUAAAAAGCAAAAGCAAAUCAUAUUUAACAUUUAAUUUUCAAAACAUUCACCAGCAAAAAGGUAACAAAAUUUAAUUUGAAAUGUCAAAUUCGAAAAUUCAAAAGCAUUAGCAGAAAUGCUUUUUCAUUUCAGUCAUGGCUGCACUAUUUGACUCAAAAAUAAAAAAUCAAAAGCAAUAUUCCAAAAUGCAUUUUCAUUUUCUUCUUCAAGGCUGCUUAUUUUGUGACUAAAUUUAAAAGCAAAACCAAACUCAGAAAUGCUUUUUCAUUUCCGUGCUCGCCCCGCAAAAAGUGUCUCAUAAUUCAAUCUGAGUUCGCAAUCUCAAGUGGUGCCGGAAAGUGACGUCACGGACCCCACACGUUCUGGCCCCUUCUGGCUGAUAGGGGGCAGUGAAUCCGUGUAUCAUUCGUUCAAUUUAUAUUCAAUGUAAUUAACACAGCCUGUACACCUCGCUUGUUGGUUGUAUUCAGUGUUUGUGUGGACGUCUCCACAACUAUGAUCCACCGCUGUCACCACUCGUACUGAUAGUAGUCAGCGUGGAUGAAAUCAAACCACAGAUCGCGGCAAGACUAAUGGACUUUAUACUCCUCAAUGUUCUCAUCACUGAUCGAUGGAUUUGGGAUAUUUUGCAAAUAAAGGGCCAUAAACACAGUGAGAAACAGACAAAAUGGUCAUAGAGAUGCCUUAAAAAUACAUGGCACAGAGGCAGAAUCACUGCAGUCUCUGGGCUCUAUUUUCGUGCCUCGCCAGAGACGUGUGGCAGGCGCGGCGUAAGUCAGGUCCGUCGCGCCGACAGGGCGUUCCCAAGCACAAUUUGGUAUUUUGGUGAGCAGCGCAGCCCGGCGUAAGUAUCCCCCCUCCCUAACUCAGCUCCUCCCAGCGGCGUAAGUCGUAGCAAGGGAGGAGAGAGGGCGUGGAGUGGAUUUAACACAGCUGAGACCUGUUUUCACCAAUCACAUAAGCUCCUCUCCUUGCCUUUAAAUCCGCCAAAGGCGAGGCGUAUUACCAUUUUCGUGAAGUAGUCAAAGAGAUCAAGAGAUGUGUGAAGACAGUAAUGCCACAAGAUGGUGACAGAAGGCAGCUCCUCAACAAGUGUCACCGUAAGCGCUGCAUUGGGCGUCCUCCACACUCUCUCAUAUGAGCACAGAUGGAUUUGGUGUGUGUAAUGUUGGACCCACUGGUAAGACAAACACCCUUUUCCACAAAUAAAGACACUCACAUAAAGUUGCAUAUAUUCAAAACUCACGUGACAAAGGUGGGUUGUGUGCACAGAUCACAACGUAAACUCCAAAAAUGGCAUUAAAAUUGGAACCAUCUGUGCGUAAAUGACGCAUCGCGCUCCGUGGCCUGGCUCUUUCUUUCAUAGAUGUUGGCAUAUAAAAUAAAUUUGGCUCACAAAACUGAAUAAUAUAAUAUCCGUAUGUCGGCUUAAAGUAGAUAACGCAUCUGAGCACUGAAACAAAUCAUCUGUUCAGCCGCUACUGCAGCAGGACGGAGAGAGGACACAGAGACGUGUCCAGAUCGAGCUGUGCGAGAAAAAAGAGGAAGAGGAAGAAAAAAAGGGAGAGAGACGAAUUACAUAUCUUGUUAACUUCAUCGUGUGUCUGUUUACUAGAUAUUUAAUUUAAUUUAAUGCGGUUUCAGCUGUGUUAAUUCGGUCAGGUUGUGUGUCCAAACGCGUGCCAGAUGUGCUCAUCAGAUCAGAUAUAGAUCAGAAUAUAUCGAUAUAGAUCUAAAUGUAUGUGCUGACUCAGAUUAUUAGUUGUUGAUUAUUUAUUGCACUGAAAUGUGCCUGACACUGUGGAAACUUGCCGGUGAGGCAUCGGUGACGUAUGCCGAUACGCCGCUGGUCUACCAAAAUACCACUAGACCAGCUGCUCUCCGCCUGCACCGAAAGCUGACCAGGUUUGAAUCGGCGAGCUUUCAGCGCACUUUACAUGCAACCGGCAAGCACGAAAAUGUCACUGCACCAGCUGAUUCUGUCGACACCUCUCCCUGCUGCGCCACCACGCCCAGCUUGGCGGACCUCGGUGUGCCUCAGUCCACGAAAAUACCAAACUGGCUGUUUGCCGGGCUCUGCCAGACGAAAAUACCACUGCGCGGGGUUCACCAGUGGACAUGAAAAUAAAGCCCAAGGUCUUUCAGAAAAGACCCAAGUGUCAGAAAGACCAACACAGGUUCUUCCUGGACUCUACAGACAUACAACAUACACACAGCUACACAUACCUCGGACUUAACAUCACAUCUACAGGAAAUUUCAAUCUGGCCAUUACAGUCCACGAGACAAGGGCAGAAGAGCCUUCUGGUCUAAAGCUUCACAUGUUGAUAUUCCAGUCAGAAUCUGGAUCAAAAUAUUCCAGUCUGUAAUUCAACCCAUUAUAUUAUAUUAUAUGGCAGUGAGGUGUGGGGUCCUCUUGUAAAUCAAGACUUUGAGAAAUAAGACAAACACCUAAUUGAAAGUCUGCACACAGAGAUUUGUAAAAGCAUCAUUUGGGUCAACCCAAACCCAAAGCAAACUUCAAUGCUAUCUGGCCCUAAACAGACAAUAAUCCAUGACAGAUUACCUGAGCUCAGUAACUGACCCCAGACUGAGGAGAACCUUUACUAUGCACAGAUUCAGCAACCACAGCCUGGCCAUAGAGAGGGUCUCUGUCCUCACACACAGCCGGAGACAGAGCAGCACUUCCUGUUACACUGUGACACAUAUACACACAUCAGAACACACACAUACACUAAACUUACACACAUAACACCCAACUUUACCCAACUCACAGACCAGGAAAAGUUAACUCAUCUAUUAGGAGAAAAAAGGGCCACUGCUUUAGAGGCAGCAAGAUUACUGUUGCUGUUAUUGUUGUAUUAUAAUGCUUUGGCAAUAUUUUUAUAACAAUCAUGCCAAUAAACCUUAUUGAAAUUGAAUUGAGUGAGAGAGAGAAAGAAAGAGAGAGAGAGAGAGAAAGAAAGAGAAAGAAAGAGAGAGAGUUAUGUAAACAUGAUGAUUGUGAAAGCUGGCUGAGGUAUUUCUUAAGCAAAUAGAAAGGAUGAGAGAGCAAGAGGAGAGAAGUAGAGCUCAGUGACUAACAGAAGGAUAGAGACUGAAGGAGAACAAAAAAAAAAAUUCCAAGCAGUCAAGGGAUAGAGUUUGAUUUGGGAAAUGUUGUGUCACAGAGAGAAAAAAAAAACUGAAAUACAGUUUUUGCAGAGGAUGAAAGUUUUCCCCCAGCAAAGUUUUUCUCAGUGUAUCACACCAUUCUCCUCUAAGGUCAGGAAAUGUUUUGAAACCCUUGUGGUGGUGAAGCAUUUGUGACGUUUGCUUUACUCUCAGAUAUCUGCACUGAUUUUAUGUUAGGAUGAUAGUAAUCAAUUAAAACAAUAUUAUGAUCUGCUGUCAUGUUUUUUUUUACUGAAGACACAUAGAAAACAGCAUCUGUGAAGCAGUCUCCUUUCUGUAAGUCCUAGUUCCAGACCACAUCAGUGAAAGCAGUGCAGCAUUUAUUUGAACAAAUCAAAAGUCAAGAUCUUGGCGUAAAUGCGGUGAAUACAGCACACUACACACAUACAGACUCUUUUCAGAUGGAUUUCCAACUAUCAAAACUGGAGAUCUCAUAAAAACCCUUGUGGUCAAGUGUGACUUUAUUUAUUUAUUGAUUCUUACACUCAUGCAGAUGGCAAGAUGCUCUUCUUGUAGCCUGUUCCUCAGGUCAGUCUUCACCUAGAAAUUAUCGCUGUUACUGCCACUCCCUUGCAGUUCAAGGAGCUAAGCUGUUACAGCCAUGUUAUGUUACGUCACCUGCGCUACUUGCUAUAUAGACCAUGUAUAUGCUUGAACGUUACCUUUCACGUUGAUGGAAGAGGGCACGACAGGAUUUGAUGCUCGUUGAUGACUCAAAACAAGUUGAACAUAAUGUCGUGUUGUUGUGCUCACACAGUGCGAGCAGUUUAUAAAUCAUUAGUGGCGCAUUGAAAGUAAUUAUCAUGUGAAAUUUCAGAAGCGGCGCACCAGUGAAUGUAGGGGAAACACUGCAGUCCUAUCUUAAUCUACACUGUAGAACCCAAAAUACUCCCACACCACGCUUCUCCUGUGUUUUUGGUGUCAUGAUUGUCCGCUCGGUGUGGCUUUGAUUGACUUUGUCCUCCAUUACUGUGAAUCAACAUUCCUGUGUACUGAGGUCAAGAGGGCAUGGACUGGCCACAGUGGCCUCCCCUGAUUCAUACAACAAGCUACUUCUGGCAGCCUAAAGCCUGGUUUUUGCCGUACUUAUGCCGUACCUACUCUAUACCUGUGUCACAGACCUCUGCGUUGGGCACAGAACUACAUGGACCUGCAGUAUAGGUGAUAGUGUGGGGCCAAUACAGAAGCAUAAACCAGGCUGUGAGCACUGGUAUACUGUUUUAUACAUGUGGAGUUUAAAUUAUUCCCUCAGAGUUUAAAUAAAGGUUUGAAUUUUGGAUAAAACGUGACAGCCCUAGUGUGUACCCGCUUUUCCAGGUAAACCUUCACUUCAAGACAUUGUUUUCCAGAUUUAGUCCAUUUAUAGCCCUCUACACUGCUGUAAACUCUGCUUCUGCUCAUGUAGUGUUUUACAAACCUCGAGCUUCAUCUCUGAUGUUACAUCAGUCAGGGUGUCAGUUUUAGUCACCACACUCUGUUAUCUUAAGUGUAUGGCUGCAGGGUCAAAACUUUGUGCUCAUAUAUAUAAAAAAAUCUGCUCCAUGAGUUAGCUGCUUGAUGUUACAGUAUUUCAUGAGGACUGGCAAAGAGCCAUUUCAUCAACAGGAUGAUCCACUCUGUCCCUCAAGGCAACUUUUUCAAGGUAUACUGGCUGUCAGUCAGGAUAACAGAAAUGAAUUUGAAUGGAUUUGUCAGUGUAGUUUAAAUUGAAAUUGCUUUUUUUCCAGUAUCUAAUCUAAUUUCAUGAACUGAUCUGCUGGAGCCUUUCUUUGAUUUGAGUAUUUCAGUCACACUUAUCUGAAAAGAUAAAUUGCAUCACUUGCUUACUUACAUUACGUCCUAUUUUCCUUGUUUCUUACAUUUACUUUCAUAGUUUUUAUAGCUCGAGGUUUCUAACCUGCCAAAGUGUCGGCAUCCCAUCUAAUUAUCUAUCAGAACAACCAGUCAAUCUGUCUGUCCGUCUGUCCAUGUUGGCUAUAAAUCCUAUUACUGAACAUGUCGCCAGACCCCCCCUCCUCUAAAACAAUCUUAGGUGACUGUCAGCACUGUUGCUUGUGUGUCGGUGUUUCUAAAAGCUUUUCAGUUGGUUGAAUUAUGAGGACAUGGCGAUAAGGGACUCAGAGUUGGUGGAGGGACGCCAAAUGGAACAGAUGGGCAGAGAUAGAGCGCUGCCAGAAGAGACUAAUUAUCAGGAUUUAUUUUCCAAAGCAAACAUAUUGCAUUAAAAUCACAUACUAAAGUCAAUGCUGCAUUGUUCUCUCUCUCUCUCUCUCUCUCUCUCUCUCUCUGUGUUUAUAUGUGUGUGAGAACCAUGGUAGUGACAAUAAGUUUAACCAGUUCACUGCUGGUGAUUGGAAAAAAGUGUAAAAGUGAUAGGAUCUGCUCCUGAGGAAUUGGUGUGGAGUUUCUCUUGUUAUUGUUCUGUCUAUUUUGUGCUCAGCUUUAAUUGACAAUCAAGCAAUGAUAACUGAGGAGGUGUUAAGAUAAUUACUAAGGACCGAUUGAUAUCAAUAAGUAACAAGUCAGUUUUGUUCAUUCUUGUCUCAACUCGAAUAUGUGUUGAUACUUUGUAUUCAUUCACAUUCAUCAACCAAUUAGUCAGACAUUGAAAAAAAACAACAAUCAUGUUAUUUCUGAACCAACGAAGGGUGGUCAAGAUGUCGGAUUUUUACCUCACAAGUACUAAAGAUUGACCAAUAGUGUUUUUUUCUUUUUAGGGCCGUUACCGAUACCGAUUAUUAGUAAUCAAGGAAAUCGAUAUGUAGAACUGAUAUUCAUUUGCAGUGAAAAAGGAAAAUUUUGGCCAUAUCUUGCUUUUAUUUUGAAAAGAGAGAAGAACUUGAAGUAGCGCAUACUAGCUGGUAGCUUCACAGACACCAAGCAGCACCUCUAGCAGUAGUGUUACCUGCUAUUUUGUUUCUUUUGUCUUAUUCUCCAUGCGUCAUGGUGUUUGUUAUAACUGUGAGCAUGUGGUUGUAUGAAAGGUGUUAGUUGAAAGAUCUAAUUUUUGACUGUAAAGAUUGCCUCUGGGGAAUGACUACCAUUUGUUGAGAAGCUGGCUAAAGUGGUAUACUUUGUGUAUUCUUUAUCUGUAUUGGCUACAGUGCUAAACCAUGGACUGUAUAAAGAAGGGCCAGCUUUUUUCACCAGUUUGUUAAGACGUCUUGCAUCUUUGUGUUUUAUACUUCCUCCCCAGCAGACUGCAGUGUAGAACAGAACACUGUAGACACAAGGGCUGCACGAUAUAUCGUUUGAACAUCAUCAUUGCGAUGUACUUGUGCGAGAUAGUCACAUUGCAGAGCCUGUGAUGUAGGAGGCGAAUGAACUCAUCUAAUUUCAAGGAUGGCUGACUGACAUACACUGCAUGUGACUCUGCAUGUGCUGUGCAGUGAUCCACCAAUCACAUUCGUUCUCAUUUGCCAAGCAGACUACCCUAUCAGCCGUCAAUCGAAAUCAGAUAGGAGGAAACCAUGCCCUUGCACAUGGCCUGCACAUGGAGUGAGUUGCUGGUGAUGCUGGUGUUGUGUCGAGAAACGUGUGCCCGCCGACAGUUACUUUUGGAACAUUACUCAUCAUUGUUUAGCCCCACAAAUAAGAAUGGUAUGGGUUUUAAAUUGUACUUUUCCACGGACCACUCUACUAUAAGCGGUGUGCGUUUCCGCAAGGUGCAUACAAUCCUGGAGGACAUGUGUUUCUCGGCACAACACCAAUUAAAAAACAACGAUCGCAAAAUGAGCAACGAACAAGAGGAAACCACCGAAAAUGAAGACUUGUUGCUAAAAAGGAAAGCCAGUUAUCUUGAAUUAUUUAGGUUACAAGAAGGAUGAUGUCGACCAGACACGUGAUCUGUGUCGGCAGUACCGUUUUACCUGUUGCCACAAGGAGAGAUAACAAGUCCCAGCACAAUAAAAGCAUGCUAAAAAUAUCUCUAAAACAGACAGAAGCCAUUCUAUUAACUUUAACAUAAAGAGGUAAGGUCAGUGCAGGUUAAUUCAGCAGUGCAGCAUUGCAUAAAGUGCAAUUCAGGUCAUAUGGUGAAAAUUCAUGUCUUUUUUCAUCACCUCUUCGGUCCACUCCACAGGUGUUUACUGGCUGAAGAGGGAGUUUGGACUAUGGAAGUCUAUGAUCAUUUCUUUUGUCUUUGAGAAGGAGGCAGUUUUUGUGACUCCAGUCAUUGUAGGCUUUUAUCAGAGCCUUGUGUCCCUGUAUUCAGCUUCUUGUUCUUUCUGAUACAUGCCACAAUAGCAUGUCAUGCCGAACUCGAUUCCCUGCAGACUGCGACUCAAGUUUUUACAUGUUGAUACUGAAAGACAAGCAUUCAGCAUGAACUGCAGAUACCCUAGAAUAAAAAAGGUAAAACAGAGAAACAUGCUGAUUGUUUUUAGAUAAAAUGUUAGUUUUUGAAUGGUUAAAAGCAAAUCCAUGUGAGCAAGAUUGCACCAGACCUUCCUUUCAGCAGAUGCUACCGCAUCACAGACUUUUUAAAAAAUGGCAUGAAUUAGAGUUAUGGUCCUGCAAUCUUCAAUUUCAUCUAAACAUCAAGACCUCCUCUGCAACUGAAAGUGAUGGCUUAAGCUAUUCUAUACUUUUAAAUUAACAUGUGGUAUUGUCUGACCGAUAAGAUUUUGGUCAUAAUUUACAAACCAAUCAUAAACUGACUGGAGGCCAUCAGCCCUGGUCUAUAGUCAGGUGGACAUGCAGCGGUCAUUCACCAAUGAUUUCACUGCAGUAGCCUCAGCUGUUGAAGAGCGAAAAGUAACACUUCAGCCUCAGUGUUUCCACCACAACAGUGGCUCAUCCCCAGAAAUAAUACCCCCAUGUUUUGAGCUGGUAAACAGAACAAGUUGUUGAGGUCUCCUCUGUGACGACUUUACACACCUACCUGACACUGAUGGUCAAUUGGCUGACGAGUGGAAACCUGUAUGCAAAUUUUGCUUUGAGAAUGUGCACGUCACUAAUGAUCCUGACUUGUGCUGGGCGAUAGGCAAUAGAUAUCGUGGGCACGAUAGAAAAUGUCUAUCGUGCCAUUUCUAUUUUUAUCGUUUCGAGCGAUAGGCUGUAUUUUAUCCAUAGGGCUUGUGCCAUCAGAUGAUUCAUAGUAACAACAACAAUAAUUGCACAUUCAGUAAGAGUAUUUGGUGUCAAACGGAAGAAAGAAAAGGAUGCGUUGACAUGUAGGCUCGCAUUUCUCUUUCGAUUUUGCGACAUGACGCCGCUUUACGUGCCCUCUUCGUGUCCAGCGUUUCCCGCCGUUGCGGGUUACUUGGGUUACACACGUGAGGGGAUCAUUGUAAGCAGUGCUUAAUUUGUGCCUUUAGGCAUGAAGAUGACAACUGUGUUGGAUGAAAAAUAACAAUCAAAUGUGCACUGGAGGGCAAAGCGCCGUGAGUUCACGGGUUUUCAAAGGUUUUCAAACUGUCAGAACAUUUCAUCAAAAUAGAUUAUCAGACUGUAAACAUUGCUUCAAAACCUUUUUCCCCGUACGUGAUUUGUAUAUGUUUGGACUGUUAGAUUAAAAUUUAGCUAUUUUUAUCCUUACUUUUCUUUCUUUAUUUUUUUUGCUCUAGUUUUACAUGUGACUUUGGACAUAAAUCUUUUUUAGAUUUGACAGAUUUUAGCUGUAAAGUUUUUUUUUAUGUUACCAUUCCAUUGUGUUAUAUUUGAAAGUUACAAAUAUACAGUACAGGCCAAAAGUUUGGACACACCUUCUCAUUCAGUGCAUUUUCUUUAUUCUCAUUACUAUUUAAAUUGUAGAUUCUUAGUGAAGGCAUCAAAACUAUGGAUGAACACGUGGAAUCAUGUGCUUAAAAAAAAAGGGUGAAAUAACUGAAAACAUGUAUUAUAUUUUAGAUUCCUCAAAGUAGCCACCCUUUGCUUUUUUGAUAGCGCUGCAAACUUUUGCUGUUCUCUCAAUGAGCUUCAUGAGAUGGUCACCUGAAAUGGUUUUUACUUCACAAGUGUGCCUUGUCAGGGUUACUUUGUGACUAACAGAGUCAGUCACUAAGUACUUCUGUCAUCAAGAGCAAAGGGUGGCUAUUUUAAAGAAACUAGAAUAUAAAACAUGUUUUCAGUUAUUUCACACUUUUUUAAUAAGUACAAAAUUCCACAUGUGUUCAUUCAUAGUUUUGAUGCCUUCAGUGAUAAUCUACAAUGUAAAUAGUCAUAUAAAAAAUAAAGAAAAGACAUUGAAUGAGAAGGUGUGUUCAAACAUUUGGCCUGUACUGUACACAAGUACAGCGGGAUGAUGUACUGGAAAUAGCAGUGUUGAUAUCCAAUUUUUUACCUCCGAAUUAUUGUUGCAAUAAAAUAUCAUGUUGGUGAUUUCAGAUAUUACAAUAUUUAUUGAAAACUUGAAAAUAAAAGAACACAGUCAAAGUCAGGACCCAUUUUACACAUGAAUGCAGUGUAAUUUACAAAAUAACUAUCUCUGAUGAUAUUCUUAUAUCUGUGAUUUAUCCACAUCAACAGCCCUGUGACCCAAAGUCCUUUGGAGAAGACUUUACUUUUGAUAUUUUUCUCUCUGUCUGUAUGUGAUUCUUUUUAGUUCUUGCAUUGUUUAACAGUGCUCAGAUUAUCUCCCUUUUUUAAUCUUUACCUUCAUGAAGAUGAUCACUUUUUGUGAGUAGUGUUUUUAAAGGUUAUCAGCUGUAAUUCAGGGACAGAAAAUAAAGGUUAAAUCUGCCUUUUCACUUAUCACUUUUCUCAUUUGACUCUAAUUUUUCUGUUUUCUCCAAUCAAUUAAUGUUUCCCAUGCCCUUCUUUUUUCUGCUGCCCUUUUCCUGCAGGACUCUGUAUUUCUCUUUUUCCCUUUGUCCUUGUCUGUCAUCCUAAUAGUCUCUCUUCCCCUUUCUCCCCCUUCCUCCGACCCUGACCCACUUAGCUGGCUGCUUGUUAUUCAAACCUUUGCUUUACUUACACACACACACACACACACACACACACACACACACACACACACACACACACACACACACACACACACACACACACACACACACACAUGCACGCACACAAGCAUCAAAGAUGAGAGAGUAGGAGACAAGGAUAAAGAGGAGACAGAGAAAGGGGAUAACUUGGUUUGAAAACAAACCCUUUUUAUUUUUUUAGAUUUACACUGAGACAGUGAACUCAGAUACUGUACAAUAAUUCAUUUAAGUGGAGGCAGUACUCUAGAUUUUUUUUGUAGAAAUAGGUCCUCAGGUCAAUGAAAACAUUUACUGGAUCUAUAACUGACUGAUAUUUUUAUAAACACUUCAGCUGUUAUUUUUCCACUGUUAAUUGAUUAAGGAGUAAGUCCUUAAACAGGGUAAAGUGCCAUCAGACUCCCCAGCCCUCUUAUACUCAUUUUGCUAGCAGGAUUUCCCCUCCGUGUCACAGAUACCAACCCAAUCACAACAUCCCAAUUAAAUAUGGUCUAUAAGUUGAUAAGAAAGAAGCAGCGCUUAAGUCCUUUUGUUUCCAACGCUAGAUGAGAGGUAGAAUCUGUUAUGGCAGCUAUUUUAUGCAAACAAAAUGAGGGAUUUUCUCUGAAGGGAGAAGAAACAGCUGCACUUGCAGUGUUUACUGGUAGAAAGGUAUGUUCCUCUCCUCUGCAUGCUGCUGUCUAAGAGAAUUUUUGUUUUCCCAGUGUCACAGGCUGUGUUGCUCUGAUCAGUUCUGGGUCUGUCCAAUCUAAAAAGAAACCUCCAGUUAACGAUAUACCACACGCUGCGGUAUAUGUGACGUCAUGCUUGCCGGUGUCCAUUUUCAGAAAACUGUAACACAGUGGUGUAUCAAGCAUUGGCACCUAAAUAUGCAUAAUGCAACUCUGUAGCUUGCAACACCAGCCUGGGGCACCAGCCCGGGUGCUAACAUGCCGCACCGUGUAGUUCAGAGGCCACACCCACUGAUUCUGGUAUUCUGGCUCAUCUCCUGCCUCCCUGUAUGACGUAUGUCUACGUCAUACGCCCCUAUUGGCCUUACAAAAAACUCAUCAGUCGCCCACUAACAUGCACUAUAUUAUCUUUGUACUGACAUUGGAGAUUUCAGUGUUUUUACAAUUUUUAUUGUUUUUUUUUUAUUGUUUUUACUCAAAGGACUCAGUUUUAUAUUUCUUAGACCGUUUUUUUUGAUAAUUUGUUUUAGAAAUAUUAAGUUAGUACAACACAACAUUAUUACAAAUACUUUACUGUUUUUUCUUUAUAUUUAUGAUUAUUUAAAUUUAGAUCACUUACUCUUAAAGGGAAAAUCCCCUAAAACAUUGGAAUAUAAAUAUUUUGUCAAUAUCAUACACCCUUCAUGUUAUCUCACUGUCAGAGGCUUUUACAAAGCAAGUAAACGGGCUGGACAAACAUAAAGCUCUCAGCAGCUGUUCUGAUAAUUCUGUGUAUUGAAAAUAAAAAGCUUGUGUGUGUGUGUGUGUGUGUGUGUAUGUUUGUGUUUGAUUGUGUUUGUUUGUGUAUGUGUGUGCGUCCUUUGUCUGUAAAAACACUGUCCUGCCUUUCUGUUGACUCUGUAAACCUUAACCUCAUUUGCAUAACAUGCAACAGCUGGGGAAUGGAUGAAGCAGUUACGCCUGUCUGUCCACCUGUCCACCUGAGAUUGUUUGCGUGUGUGUGUGUGUGUGUGUGUGUGUGUGUGUGUGUGUGUGUGUGUGUAAUUAUGUGUAUGAGACGUUACUUGCUCAUAUCCAGCUGUUCAAAUUUUCCUCUUUGUAUGUUUGUCAGUGAAGACUCCGUUUAGGGUUUAUGUACACAAUGUGUCAUAGAUUGUUUAAAUAGGAUUUAUGCAUUCAAAUUUGAAAUUUGUUGCUGUUUUUGUUGUUUUUGUGUUUUUAGAUCUUUGUCUGAGCCGUAAGGUUACAGUCAUGAUAACUACAUUUAGGUCUACUGUCAUUUGAUUUCUGGCAGUAAAAAUUAGAGCAGGAUAUUUGAUUUGUUAAUGAAAUAAAGGAAAAGAAGAAAUGACAAUUUUGAAGAAUAUUUCUUGAAUCAUUGUUUAUGCUGUUCUUCAUGACUGAUAUAUAUAUAUAUAUGGAUAUAACAAUGAAUUUCACCAAAAUUAAAAACGUGUCCUGUAGGUAUUUAAUUCAAUGAUUUAUUCAAGAUUCUCUUAAAAUCAAACAAAACAAAAAACAGUACAAUUCUUUUUCAUUUACAAAGCACUUUACAUUGCUUUUUAGCUUAUCUAAAGUCAACUGUAAGUAACACUCAGCCAAAAGCCUUCACUUAGUGCUAGGCAACAAACUGUCAACGGCAGUAUACCAGCCUGAUAGGUUAUUGUUGCUUAGCAGCCUCCCUUAUCAGGUGCAUCCUCACCUCACAAGUUACAAUGACUGUCAAGUAACAAUAAAUAACAUUCAUACCAUCUUUUAUUAAAUAGUGAGAAAGUCAGUGUCACUUAACCAACCUAAAAGCAAAUUAUGUUGCAAUGCAUUGUGGGCCGUGGUCAGCAUAAUGUAGUGUUUGUUUACAUUGCUGAGUAAGACGCGGCGCUAGAUAACAGGGUUUCCCCUAUAUGCAAUUGAUCCUGGCGCACUGCCACGGUUAAAUAGAAGCCGCCACACUUUAAACAAGUUUUUUCUUAUGUUGAUCCACCUUGGACUUAUGUGUAUCAGUAUACAUGUGUGCAGCAGAGCUCAUGUGCGCUGAGUAUUAGCAUUAGCGAGAUAUCGUUGGCGAUCACACAACUGAUUAAUUAGCGAGUUAUAGGACAAAUGAAAGCACAAAACUGAUACCUUUAAAUCCGAGCUUACUGCCGAAAGUGAAGGAAUUAGAUAUGGGAUGCAGGGCGUAUGAUGCAGCGUCCACUGUGGCAAUUGCUGCACUAGCAGUGGGUUAUUUGUUUGACAGGUCACUGCAUGUCUCCUUGAAUGAAAGCAGUGUGAUCUUUGAAAAAUGUGAACAAGGAAGCCAGGAAGAACACAUCUAUUGAUUGAGAGGAGCUGCCAUAGUCUGUAUAUACUAUGGACAACUUGUUUCCGCCUCCCGUCUGUAUAUGGAUUUGAAGCCAAAUAGCUCUUGAUAUUUCCGGGAUUUUUCUUCAUUUCCUGAAACCAGUGCUGCGCAGUAGCAAUGUGCGCAUUUGGGUGUGCAGUCGCCGAGAGUCACUGUGAUGACGCUCGGCUCAAACAGCGUAUCCCUGGGAGAGCUACGCAAUCCCUGAACGCCCAUAGGCUGUAUCAGGUGUCAAUCAUAGGAAAAAUGAACCCCCUAAUAACUUUUAAAAACGGAGCUUUACAGAAAAUAGAGGACUUGAGCACAAACCAGUCUUACUGUAACUACAUGUCAACAUCACAAGCAGGGGGGAGAAAAAUGUAUGUUCUGUGUAAUAAAUUUCUAAAGUUUGUCCACAGCUCCAUAAGCUUUGCUGGUGGAGGCGGGAUUUAUGACCUAUACUACAGCCCAUCAACAGAGGGUGCUGUUUUCGGAGUGGCUUCACCCAGCAAGGAGGCAGACUCUGUCCAUUCUUUAUACAGUCUAUGGGAGCUGCUCAUAGAUCAUGCUAAAGUACGUUUUAAAUUGACCCCAUUAGGUGGAGCUCGUUUGCCGUCCAUGCCUCCACCGUUACCUGAAGUAGCCAUUGUUUACGUCAUCAUGCGACGCGUCCAUGCAUGUUUUUUGCAUGGACCAAUUUUUUUGGAGUCGAUUACGUCGACUAUGUUGACAAAAUCGCCCCAGCUCUAAUAUAGAAUGGACGCCAUCUGCCUCCUCACUGGGUGAAGCCACCCCAAGAACAGAACCAUCGGGUGAUGGCUGCAGUAUAGGUCAUAAAUGCCGCCUCCUCCAGCAAUCCCUAUGGAGCUGUGAACAAACUUUAGAAAUUUGUUUACAGUGAAUACAAAUUUUCCUCCCUCCUGGUUGCGAUGUUGACAUGUAGUUACCGUCAGACGGUUUGUGCUCAAGUCCUCUUUUUUUCUGUACAGGUCAAUUUUUAAAAGUUAUUAUGGGGCUCAUGUUUUCUUUGAGUGACACUUGAUACAGCCUAUGGGUGUACAAAGAUUGCAUAGCUCACCCAGGGGAUACACUGUUUGAGCCGGAUGUCAUCACAGCAAGUCCCAGCAACUUUCCCACCAAAUGCGUACAACGCUACUGCUCAAGUGGUGCUUCCAGGAAGUAAAAAAAAUCCUGGAUAUACUGAGAGCUUUUUGGCUUUAAAUCUGUAUAAAGAUGGAGGGUGGAGCCAAGUUGUCCAUAGUAUAUGCAAUCUAUGAUAUAAAUGUACUUGACUUUAUCCUGGCUCUAGCAACUAUCUCACUCAACAACCCAUUAAACAGUGUUUUCUUCACUUAGAGGGAAUCAGUCAUACAGUGAAUUGUUUUUUUUUUUUCCUUAAGUUUGCUGCCUGUCUGUACUAAUGGAAAUAUGAGCUCUUACAGCCACUGGUACUCAAGCAGGAACUCUGCAGGAUUUAUGAUGUCUGAAGGAGAUGGCUUACAGGUGGUGACAGAUAGUGACAAUUUGUUCAUGCAGUGUGAGUGACUGAGUUAUUGUUCUCUCAGCCUUCACAUAUGGUGUCCUUAAUGGCUGCCGUUCGUUUACUGUGUUUGAUCAUAGGUUGUUGACAUUGUUGCUUUUUGUUCUCUCCAGCUGGAGGGGGACGCCAUGUUCCUGGGUGUGCAAGAGGCAGGCCUCGACUUUCCCUCAUCCAACCAGGUAAGAGUGUGUUUGUCUUCAUAUGUGAAUAUGUGUGUUGGGGGUGGGGGGUGGGGGUCAACAUUAGUUAAGUGUCUUAUGAAGUUGUUUAUCAUUUCACUGAGCUGUUUCCUUAAUCAUAACAGAACUGAAUGUCUCUCACUCUAAAUUAAACAAACAUGUGUAACAUCUUAUUUCCACAUGUAGAGCUCAUAAGCAUAGUUGCCAAGACAGCUUAUUAUAAGCGACUUUGGGCUUUUUUUCUCAAAAGUCACUUAUAAAACUUGUGAGUCGCGGGUUGCGGUUUUUUGGGCUUGUUUUUAACUAGUCGUUGCUUAUUUGGGCUUGCUUAUCUUUCUGUGUGAAUCCCCACCGGUUAUCUCACAGCUCCCCACAAAAGCAAAGCAAAGCACGAGUGCAGUAGUUAGGUAAUUUGUCCUUUCCAGACCACUGUUUCCCGAAUCACCCCUGCUUGAGUACUCUGCAUGUGCCCAAACACACUCACACACAGCGCAUCAUGUUCAUGUACGCCAAAGCUCAGAGAGACAGAGAAACAGUGUUGCGACUUAUUUUCGCCUAGCAACUUUUUCCGGAGUUUGGAGACUCUGACAUGAAAGCAGGUAUCAAUGUUACUCUUCUCAACAGGUAGUAGGUGUGUGUCAUAAACACACAUACACACACACAUGCAGACACCCCAGGGAAGACCCCUCCUCCCUAAUGGGGGGGGGGGGGGGGGUGUUGAAGUCAUUCAAAGAAUUUAAGUUAUCCAAAGUUUUGAUGUUAAAUGUGUUUAUUCGAAUUUUGCGGUUGCUUAUGCAUAAUCUAAUAAUAAUUGUAUAUUUUUGAUCGGGCUUUUGUUGUAAAUUUUUUAUUUUAUAUUGGACUUGUUUUUCAUAGAGUUGGUUGCUUGUUUCUCUCAGGAGAUCGGGCAACACUGCUCAUAGGUGUGUACAGUGUGUGAAAAUGGGAAUACAAAGCAAUAUGUAGAGGUCAGAUUUGAGAUUGGAGCAAUGUCUUGUUGGUUUCUGUUGGUGCAGACAUUUAUGAGGGUUGUAUUUCAAUCAGAAUUUCAGACGGCUGUUAUGUUGUCUUUAACAACAGUCUGACAAAAUCCAAAACUCAUUCUUCAUACCAAAUGGUCAGUGUUGUGAUUCUAUUUCGGCAAAGCCAAACAUUCUGAUCAAGUUACAGACACUUGGCAGAUCUCUUAAACUCUUUGGGCUCUAUUUUCGUGCCUCGCCGCCAACGUGGCGCAGGCGCGGCAUAAGUCAGGUCCACCGUGCUGACAAGGCGUGCCCAAGCACACUUUGGUAUUUUGGUGACUGGCGCAGCCCGUAUCACCCCGAUGACACCAUGGAUGAGAAGAUGCUGAUUUUAGAAGUCUAGAGGUUGAUUUUCUCCUCUGGAAGGACACAGUCUACUACUUUUAUGGUUAGCCUCUGUGGCUACGAGACAACUCGUUAUAGUGUGAUUGCAUGUGAAUCUGCUGGAAUCUUGUGAGGUCUCACAAUUACCGCUGUCCAUAAUCCGCCACAAAAUUGGCCUCACCAACGGAUCCGGUAGGAAUUGGCGGAUGGCAAAAAUCACAGCCGUUCUGGAUGCGGUGAAAAUUGGGGGUUAUGAUUGCUGCAGCCUCUCUCUCUCUCUCUCUCUCUCUCACACACACACACACACACACACACACAAACACAAAAAGUUGGUGAUGACGGAUUCACAAAUGAAUUUCAUAAAGAAUUUAAAACACAAAUAGCUCCACUACUUAAGAAAGCAUACAAUUAUGAGCUAGAAACAGGUAAAUGGGCUCAAACAUGGCAAUCUUCAAUUGUAACAUUAAUUUUGAAAGAGGGAAAGGAUACUACAAAAUGCUCAUCGUAUCGGCCCAUAUCACUGCUAAAUACUGACCAUAGAAUAAUAUCAGCAAUACUAGCAAAUAGAUUAAAGACCACAAUUACUGAUGUGAUUGAGGCAGAUCAAUGUGGAUUCAUCCCUGGAAGGUAUUUGGCAGACAAUAUUAGGAGAACAAUAAAUAUAAUGCACCAUGCACAAAAUAAAAACAUUGAUGCAAUAUUAUUAACAUUGGAUGCUCAAAAGGCCUUUGAUUUAGUGAGCUGGCCCUUUUUGUUUGAGAUGCUUGACAGUUUUGGGGUAGAUAACAGAUUCUGCUCAUGGAUACAAGCAAUAUAUAGUAGGCCAACCUCAAGAAUUAAAACUAAUGGCACUUUGUCAAGAAAAAUUUGAAUACAGAGAGGGACUAGACAGGGAGACCCUCUCUCUCCCCUCAUCUUCGCUAUAGAAGUAUUAGCUGCUGCAGUGAGACAGAACAUUGAGAUAAAAGGAAUACAAAUUGGAAAAGAAACUCAUAAAUUGGCACUUUACGCUGAUGAUAUUAUUGUGUACUUGACAUCUCCAGAAGAAUCAAUAAAUGCCUUAAUGAAAACAAUUGCUGAAUUUGGUAAGGUCUCUGGGUAUACAUUGAAUAGGAGUAAAUGUGAAUCUUUGAUAAUAGGGAGACAACCCAGCCAGGCAUUGAAAGAUUGUUAUAACUUCAAAUGGGAGAAUAAGAAGGUAAAAUACCUAGGCAUUAAUAUUAGUAAAGACUUAAAUGAAUUGUAUGAGAACAACUAUUGUGCAUUGAUUACUAAGAUAAGGCAAGACUUGAAUAGAUGGGGAUUAAUGCCACAUAGUUUGUUUAACAGAGUAGAAAUUAUUAAAAUGAUGGUUCUUCCACAAUUCCUAUUCUUAUUUCAGACAUUGCCUAUUGUUGUACCAGAGAAAUACUUUAAAAAUUGCAACAGAAUUAUUUCAGAUUUUAUCUGGAACAACAAAAAGCAGAGAAUUAAACUGAAAAGUCUUUGUCAAGCAAAGGAGGAAGGCGGGUUGGGGCUCCCAAAUUUACAGAGUUAUUUCUUGGCUACACAACUCCUCACAGUAAUGAAAUGGAUAGAGAGGGAAACAGAAACUAAAUGGAUUAAUAUAGAAAAAGAAACGGCAAGAAUAUCCAUUGGGACACUGCCAUUUAUUGGAAGAACGCAAUGGAAAAAUUACACAGGGCAGAACUACUGCAUUGACAAUACAUUGGCCAACUUGAAAUGUGUUUGUAAAAUGUUAAAAAUAGACAAUGAAUGUGUGCUAGUGAGAGAAAUGGCAGAGGAUCCUGAUUUCAUUCCUAAUAGAACAGAUAAAAUCUUAGUAGGGUGGGCAAAAAAGGGAUUGACAAAUUAUUCACAAUUAAUUACAAAUCAUACAAUAAACUCCUAUGAUAUAAUAUCUAGGAAAUAUGAAUUAGAAUCAAAACAUUUCUUCAAAUACCUGCAGGUUAGAAGUUACAUAAGUAGAUUUUUAGCAGAGGAAACAUCAGAGCAUGAACUGAUAAGAUAUAUGACACAAAAUUGUAAUAAAAACAAAGGAAACCUGUCAAAAAUCUAUAAGAUCCUGCAGAAGCACAACAAUGUAGAGAGUAACAUAAAAGAGAAGUGGGAAAAAGAUCUAAAAAUUAAUAUAACAACGGGAGAGUGGAGAAGAACAUUAGGUGGAAACUUUACAAUAUCCCAAUCAAAGUAUUGGAGGGAGUUCUCAUGGAAAGUGAGUAUGAGAUUCUUCAUUACACCUGAGAAAGUUAAGAGGUAUUACCCCGGACUGGAUAAUAGAUGUUGGCGAGGAUGUGGAGAACAGGAGGCAAAUUAUAUGCAAAUGCUCUUUACAUGCCCAGUACUAAUAAUGUACUGGGAAGGAGUCAAAGAAACCUUAAAGCAUAUAUUUGAGUUUAGAGAACCUCUGCAGGUACAGCAUUGUUUAGGUAUCCAUUUAGAGGGGAAGAUAAGAGUAAAGGAUAUCUAUUUUUUUAACAUAUUGCGAACAACUGCUAUGAAACAGGUGACCAAAGCAUGGAAACAAUCAGAUCAACCAAAAUUAACGGCUUGGGUAUUAACAGCAGAACAAUGUCUAGAGAUGGAAAGGCUAAUGUUAAUGAAUAGGGAAAAAAUGCAUAUUUGGAACAAGCUAUACCACAAAGAAAGGUUGACAAAAACAGUAGAAAUAUUUAAUCAAAUUAAGGAGAUGGAUUAAAAGGUCCCCACCCCAACUCUAACAUCCAUGUACAUACACACACAGAUACACGAACACACAUACAUGCACCAACCCCUACCCCUACCAGUUUUCUUUAGUUUAUUUAAUUAUAUUUAGUUCACUUUAUUAUUUAUUUAUGCAUUUAUUUUCUGUAUUUUGUUUGCUUGUAUGUUUUGCCUUAUUUUUGGAGAUAUGUCGAUUUGGUUACUUUUUGGUUGUUAUUUACUUUCUGUAUGUUAAAAAAAAAAAAAAAAAGUUCAGCUCCUCUCCCUGGUCUCCUCUCUCCUUCUUUAGCAGCGUGAUCAUUUAUACCUUACCACUCAUGCUGUAGCACAACGUGUUUAAGAUACUGGAGUUCUUGAUAAACUUUACAUUGUCUUAAUCCCCCCAACUAUGUUGCCUAUCCAUUUGAGCUCAAUGAUAAAUUUUGAGUUCUGCUGGGAAGGAAGAAUUUGGUGCAUUUGACCUAUGGUAUGAGAUCGAACAAGAACAGUUCAUUUUUGUUAAGACUUCUUAGCAACAUUUAACUGCUUUUUAUUAAAUAUAUAAUUUUGUGUUGUAAACUUUGCAUACUAACUAUUGUCUCAAAAUGACUAUUUUUUCCUGGAGUGACCUCAGUGCUGGGAUUUCUGUUUUUUGCUGUAGUGUGUGAUGCCUUAUUCUGACUGCAGUGUGUAGGACAACAUGUUUGACUCUCAGCACACAGAAAACUGCAUGAAGUGACUGUUUGAUUUUGACAGUGAAAUCAGAAGUUUUGUGGAUGUAGUUUGAACACUGUUUUUCUUGUGUUCACAGUUUAAGGGAAAGGGAGGGAGGUUCUAGGAAAUAUGUUUUAGCAGUUCUGAAAACUUAUAAGUUGUCACAAGAUCAGGCUGCAAGCUGGAAGCAAAUGUAAAGUAAAAGACAUGGCAUUCCAGUUUAUGUUUGCUGUAAAGUUAUUAUUCUGAAGUCAUUUUUGUUGUCAGUCAACCUCACUUUGCUGCCUUGCACUCACUUUAAAGGAAAGUGAUGUGGUGUGUCUAGCUGUUACUGAACCCCAGCUUGAUGGCCAUCAUAUUCAAGAUUGAGUGUUUUUACAUCACUGAGCUCCAGCACUGAAACAGCACUGUGUAUCAAACUCUGUUUUUAUUUUGGUGUGUGUGAAACUGAAUUCACUGAGCUCUUUCCCUGAGGCCCAGGUAAGCCUCCGGAGAUUAAGAUGUGUGUUUGCAAGAAUAGAAUUACCUCACUACCAAGCACAGCUCAUAUUAAUAAGAAACUCACCAGAGAUACAUUAUCCCUAGAGCACACUAUGGAGAAUGUUUUGUAGUAUAGGAAUUUAUGAUUUGAUGUUUUAUUCAUGCUGUUGUGCCAUAAGAAGAUGGGGAUUGCUGUGUGGAAUAAGAAUUUAUAGCUUUAUUAUUGAAGGUGUGUUGCUCCCACAGAAAGUCAGAGGUUGUUGAGAUGAAUGAGGCCAAUUUUACAGCAGUCUGACCCUCGACUUUGUCAUUUUUUGAGCUGUAAAAUGGAGCAGCACUGUGAUGUGACUGUGUUAAAGCUAAAACAGGAGAAAUACUUCAUUGAAAAGAGGCCUGAUGGAAGAGGUAGUACAGUCCAAUUAUACAGAUGUUGACUGUUAGGAAGUCUAAAAAGAGGGUUUCACACCAGGGCUGCACCAUAUCGAAAUUAACCAGUGUCAUAAUUGUUUUAUUCACCCCAAUAAGAGAUAAAAUAAUUCUAUACUAUAGAAAUGCAGUAUAUUUCAAGUGUGCAAGGACAUAGAAAAACCAGAAAAUAAUACUAUCAAUAAUUUGGAUGCGUUGAAAUUGUAGCUUCCACCAACUUUUACUGCAUUGUCCAGCCUUCUGGCAACAGGUCUGACAACUGCUUGAAGAAAAGACAUGACAGGAGGAGUACAAGUGACGUAAUUUGUGACAGCAUAAAUUUAGCCACUACCCUUUCUGUUGCUGUUAAAUAUUAUGUUAAACCUGGGUCACAAGCCCCUAUUUUCUAGUCCAAUGAAACUCUCCUUUUUCUUCUGCAUGUGAUUUCCACAUCACUAUGAUGGAUGUGUGGUGCAGGUGUAGAUGCUAAACCAAAUGGACUACUCUCUGGUCCUGUUAGUUUAGCAGUCCUCGGACAUGCACCAUCUGACAUAGAAAAGCACCAUGAUGAGGCAAGAGCCCCUGGCUGCAGACAUUCCAGGGCUGUGUAAGCACAUGCACAGCUCAACGAUGGACCAGUGCUUUGAUCUCUGCUAAUAUUAUGAAACAAGGAGACUAUCAGAAACUCUAACUGUAAAAUAAUAAUAGACUUUUAGAGUUUGGUCUUUGAAAUUGCAAAAGUAACAGUUCAUGUAGCUCCUUAAUGUGCAGUUACACCUCUGUUCCUGCAUGCUGCUUAGUUGGAAGUAGGACUGGGCGAUUAUAUGAUCGUGAUUAAUGAUCGUGAUAAAUUUCAGUUCGAUCACGGUGAUCAGCUAUGAGCUUAUUUACUCGAUCAAACAUGGUGGAAAUGUGCAUCACAACAGCCAAUCAGAGUAGAGCUUUUUCCGCUCACUUCUGUAAGUUGCCUGAGAAGUAAACAGUAGAAGUAAACAGAAUGACCGAACGUGGGGCUAAACGCGGAACAGCAAAAUAGAUGUCAGCCAUGACUUUGAGUCAUCCUCAGAAGAUGAGAAGAAAAGUUAUUCAACGUCAGUUGUGUGGUGGUGGUUUGGGUAUCUCCAAAGUGACGUUGAGCAAUUAGGCUGAUGUGCAAGGGAUGUCGGCAACACAACAGAUCUGUUUAAUCAUUUGAAGAAGUACUUCCCCAGUGAUUAAUAAGAAUAGGAAUAAGAAUAAGAAGAACUUUAUUAAUUCCCGAAGGCAAAUUCAAUUGUCAGUUGUCUCACAUAAUAUGUUUCUAAAAGUUAUCUACUAUUUACACAAGAGUUAUAAAGUCUGAUGGCUAUUGGUACAAAAGAUCUUCUGAAUCUUUUUGUCCUGCAGCAAAGAGAGAGGAGCCGUCCACCACCAUUGGUCCUUUGGUCCAUCAAGGUGUUGUGAAGUGGGUGAUCCAUGUUCUUUAGAAUAGUCUCCACCUUCCUCAGUGUAGAUCUCUCCACCACAUCCUCCACUGAGUCCAGCUUGAGUCCUACCACAGAGCCAGCCUUUUUCACCAGUUUGUUAAGACGUCUUGCAUCUUUGUGUUUGAUGCUUCCUCCCCAGCAAACUGCAGGGUAGAACAGAACACUUGCCACCACAGACUGAUAAAACAUCUGCAGCGUCUUACUACAGAUGUCUAUUGAUCAGAGUCUUCUCAGGCAAAAGAGGCGGCUCUGCCCCUUCUGUAGAUGUAGUCUAUAUUCUUAGACCAAUCCAACUUAUUAUCCAGAUGUACACCUAGGUAUUUAUAUGAUGUCACCACUUUGAUGUCCACUCCACAGAUGUUCACUGGCUGAAGAGGGGGUUUGGAUCUACGGAAGUCUAUGACCAUCUCCUUUGUCUUUGAGGUGUUGAGGAGGAGGCAGUUUUUAUGACUCCAGUCACUGAAGGCUCUUACCAGAUCUCUAUUCAGCUUCUUGUUCAUUUCUGAUACAUGCCACAAUAGCGGUGUCAUCUGAGUAUUUCUGGAUGUGGCAGGACUCAGUGCUGUAUUUGAAGUCUGACAUGUACAGUGUGAACAGCAAUGGCGCCAGCACUGUCCCUUGUGGAGCCCCUAUACUGCUCAUUAAUGUCCCAGAAACACAAUUCCCCAGCCUGACAAACUUUGGCCUUCCUGUCAGGUAAUCUGUGAUCCAGGAAACACAGGACGGAUCCACUCAUCCCCAUCUCUGUGAGCUUGUCUUUGAGUAUGGUGGGUUGAAUGGUGUUAUGCGGAAAGCAUAAAAAUGCGAGCAGAGUCUGCACAGCCUGCCACUGCUGACAGCAAGUAGCAUUAGCAGUUUAGCCACAACUGGCAGUAGAGCCAUCAGACCAAAGCAGCAACCAAUCGUAUCAUCUAAAGUUUACAUCAUCUAAUGUUUACAUUUAAGGCAUCUUCAUUAUCUCUGAGGGGACAAUUUUUUAUUUUGGAUUUUGCAUACCUGCAAAACACUCAGGACUGUUAAGUAGGUCACUUUAUGAUUUAUUAUUAAUCAACAUUUGUUGUAUUGUUAAGUAAAAAUGUUUUUUGUAUUUUUCCAUGUUUAUCUUAUUUAAUUUGCUUUGUGAUUUACUUUUUAUGGUAGUAAAAUGUUGAACUAAUCCCUGGUUUCUUCAGUUUUUAGUUCAGAUUCAUUAAAACUGGCAGUUUAAAAAGAUAAAAAAGAAAAAGUGAUAAUAAUCGAGAUUGGACAAUAUGACAAAAUAUAUCAUGAUCAUUUUUUUGCCAAAUCGCCCAGGUCUAGUUGGAAGUUUACAUCAGUUUGGGUCAUAGCAGUUAUCAAGCCAUCUCACCAACCUCACAUUUGACAGUCUGACAUGCAGGUCCUUCUUUUCUCUCUUUGUGCCACUAUGUUGAUGUGACGUGUUGUAUUCGGGCAGAAGUAUCAGGUGCUACACUGUGUUUACUUUUGUGCAUGCAUCAGCAACCAUACCGUGCUGAAGUCCACCUCUGCUAGGCAUGUCAGGGCUGAGGAAGCAAAUGAGGACUAUGUCCAGAAACAAGCUAAAACUGUAUGCCCACCCUUAUUCAUACAAGAACAUAGAAAAAAAAGCAUGGAUGUGGCUUGUGGCUGUCAUCUCUGUAAUAUUUGAUGUCAGCAGUCUUAUGUAACCAUUUGUAAUCAGGUUUUAGCCGUGUCAGAAUUGAACUUGAUUUACAGACCUGUUUAUAUGUGUGUGUCUGUCAUUCUGUCUUUUAUUUCUUACUCUCUUUCUCUGUUGACUCAUUUUAGCUCUAGCUGUCCAUAAAACAAUAAGAGCGAUAUUAUCUCUGCUGUUUCCACCUGUUUUUGAUAGAAAAUUUUAACAAAGCCCUGUGUAGAGUUUUACUUUGUCUUCCUGACCCCACCCACAGCCUCAUUCAGCUACCCACACACAGACCCUGUCUUUAUCCUUGCCUUUUUGCAUGACCUUUCUAUUUGACCUUUGACCUUUUACUGGCCUCUGGGUUUAUUUGAACUUUGUUUGUCUUUGUGGUUCUCCCCACAGUUCCGUGUGCCUCAGCCCCCUCAUUCUCUCAGCAAGGUGACGCCAAACCUGCCGUCACAGCACUGGAGGAGAGACGCACACAUGGGUGACACACAUCGACUGCCCUGGGUGAAUACACAAAUACUCAAACACGCAACACAGAAGGAUGCUCCAGUCCUUCAAAUGAUGAUCAUGUAAUAAAAAAAUAGUGUAACAAAAAAAACUACACUCAGUUUCAGUUAUCACAGAACUUUAGCAAACUAAAUAACAAUUUUUAUUAUGGCUGUCAUUCUCUAUCUGCAAUCCUAUUUCAAACGUCAUUCUUUUUUUUUUCAUGAGAUGCCCAAGACAGAAAAGGGCAAGGUGGAACACUGCCUUGCGGUCUGAUGAGUCAAAAUUUGACAAUUACUUGGGAAAUCUUUGAUGCUGCAUCCCCCUAUUAAGAAAAAAGAGGGCACACACAGCUUGUAAUCAGCCCAAUGCAAGCAUUCCUGUUAGUAUAGCAAUACAUUAGUGCACAUGACAUGAAUACUUUACACAACUGGGAAGGCCCCAAUAUUGCUGAUCUCUUCAUCAUUUUUCUUUAAUCAUAGGGUUUCAGUGAUUUGCAAAUCAUCAAACUGUGUUUCAACUUAUGUUCCUCCCUCUUCAUUUUUUUUAGUUUGUAUCUCCAUAUCAAACUGAAACUACAGUAUAAACAUGUUACAAAGAAAACCCAUCUGUAGAAUUAAGGUCAAGUUUAAGUGUGUGAUUGAUUUGUCUAACAAAGUGUUCGAAGAUAAUCUUUAAAACACUCCCUCACAUUUACACAUUUACACAUUUUUCACAUUAUAUACUGAUAAAUAGGAAACUGUAGUUUUUUAAUGUCUCUACCAAACAGUCAUACAUAAACUGUACUGUGCCAGCUGUCAAACCCUGUCUGUCACCCAAAACACGUCAUGUGUCAGGCUUAAAAAGUAGAUUACACCAAACAGGGGCAUUCCAACCCAUCAUUUAUCACAGACGGAGUCUUCAACUGAAAAGCCUCUUUAUUUGUUGCUCUCCAAACAUUCAUACUUGUCUACCUCCUCGCCUUAUUAUCAUUAAUAUACCUAAAAUAUAAAAGCUCUAUGUGAUGGAUCCCCUUUCAGACAGCCUGUCCAGGGUUAGACUGUUACACCUGGUUCACCCAGGACGCCGAUGCUGCGCACGCCGGCGCGCACGUGCUUGGCUGUUCACACAUAAAGCGUUUUCUGCUGUGCUCUGACGCGCUGGUCAGACAUCGACUGAGCCCAGCAGUGCUCGGCUGUUUCUGUCUGCCCUCAGUUUUCCACACUUACGAGCGCUUUAAACAUGGGUAAAUCAAUAUUUAUUUGUGUUUUUAUUAUGUCAUAUGUAAAUUAAAUAUUGGCAGCAUCUUCAAGUAUUGUUUUAGAUUAUUAUAUAGGGGUAAACAACGAAUGAUUUGGGGAGUCUGUUGACUCCAUUGUAUGUGUAGUCUUGUUAGCUCGAGGCUAUUGACUCUAUCGUAAUAAAGUCCCCCUCCUUUGUCUCAAUAACAUCACUGAAUCUCUGCCGCUCUCCCUCCGUGUGUGUGUGUGCGUAUGUGUGCGUGUGUGUGCGCAUGCAUGCGUGUUCAUCGGGAAAAAAUAGAUCGACAAGCAACACCGUAAUAGUUUUUUUCUAAUUUAUUGGAAUUUAUUUCAUUUUGAAAACUGACCAGAUUCUCUCGCAUCUCCUGUUCCCGACUUCCUGCCUGGUCCGAUCUGCUCUGUCCAGCUUUACAAUUGGCGCUUGCAGCGCGCGGCUCGCGCAAAAAAUAGAGAGAAGCAGAGUGACUGCGCUCCAGAGCGCAACCCAUUCCGCGUGCGGCGACUACCUCGCGCGCACUGUGUGAACAGUCACAUAGGUUAACACGGGCGCCGUUCCAAAACUCGGUGCGCGGCGCUUCCUGUCUAGGCGUUACACCUCCCCCAGCUCUGUAUCCUGUAUUUCUGCAUAACACUGAUUUUGAAAAAUGCCUUCAUUAUUAUAUUGUUUGAGCAUCGUCAUCGCGAUGUACGUGUGUGCGAUAGUCACAUCGCAGAGCCUGCGAUGUCGGAGGUGAAUGAACUCAGUUAAUUUCAUGGGUAGCUGACUGAGAUACACUGCAUGUGACUCUGCAUGUGCUGUGCACCGAUCCACCAAUCACCUUUGUCCUUUACUCAGUUGCCAAUCAGACUCAGUUCUCAGUUGCCAAUCUGACUACCCUGCCAGCUGUCAAUCCAAAUCAGAGAGGAGGAAACCCACCCCUGCACAUGUUCUGCACAUGGAGUUACUUGCUGGCUGCUGGUGUUUUGCCGAGAAACGCGUGUCCGCUGAGAAUUACUUUCGGAACUUUAAUCAUGACUGUUAAGCCCAACAAAUAAGAACUGUAUGGGUUUUAAAAUGUAUAUUUCUGUGGACCACUCUACUAUAAGCGGUGCGCGUUUUGCGAGGUGCAUGCAAUUCUUGGAGGACAUGCGUUUCUCAGCACAACACCGCUAACAACAACAACGAUUGCAAAAUGAGCAACGAACAAGAGAAAACCACCGAAAAUGAAGAUUUGUCGCCAAAAAGAAAAGGAAAGUCAAUUAUCUGGAAUUAUUUCGGUUACGAGAUGGAUGAUGUCGACCAAAACACGUUCUGUGUUCAUCUGUUGCCACAAUAACGUCCCAGAACAAUAAAAGCUAAAAAUAUCUCUGAGACAGACAGAAGCCAUUCUACUAACAUUCACAAAAAGAGGAAAGAUCAGAGCAGGUUAACUGUCCUCAAGACUUCAGCGGUGCAGCAUAACAUUAAAUGCUAUUCAGGUCAUCUGGUGAAAAUUCCUAUAUUUUUAAUAUCGCAACAUCGCAGGGUUGAAAAAAAUUGCAAUGUUAGUUUUUUCCAAUAUCGUGCAGCCUUGAUUCUGCCUGUCAUUAGCAAGACUUUCUCUGGAAGAUAUUUGAACACCAUAUAAGGUAUAAAUGGGAAUUUUAUUUGGGUACAUGUUACACUUAGUACAGCGUAUCACUACUGAUUGCCUGAAUGAAUUAAAUUCUGAUUCAAAAGGUACCAGUCCACUGUGGUUGAUUCAGGUAUAUUUAUCCAGACCAAUUAGCAAGAUAAGAUCAGAUAAUCUCCUAAUAUUCCCAUGACAGGGAAAUUUGAGUUGUUUCAGCAGUAGGGAAAAAAAUUAUCUGCUGCUGAGUACACAACAUUUCUCAUUAGAUCACAUUUGGUUAAUGGAAAGAGUAAUAGCUAGAAUACUUGAUUACUAAAAUAACCAUUUACUGCAGCCCUUCUACAUAUUCACAAAUUGGUAUAAACUGACAACACGAGUGUACAGUGGCCAAUCAAAUAAGUGUUGAAUUAAAUAUUUUGUUUUAUGGACAGUUCCACUCUCAAUUAUUUGAUUUAAUUGAAUAUUGUUUAAGUUGUUCCACCAGUUCCAUCCAUCAGUUGUGAACCAUCUGAUUUGAAAUGACCAGUGUAAUAUAAGAAACUGGUGCUCAUGGUUCUCUAUAUUGUAUUGAACUGUCAUGAACAUGGAGAUGUAAGGGGUGUGAAAUGUGAAAACGUGUGAAAAGACUUAAUCCUGACUACAUUAGUCUUUCUUGAAACUCGUGGUGCAGAGGGGAAAGGCUAUUGUACUGACAUGAAUGGAGGAGGGGAGAGAGAAAAAGUUAUUUAUGCAGAACUCUAAGAAAUGAUGGAGAGAGUGGAAGAGGGAGAGAGACAGACAGACAACAGACAGGCAGAGUAAUUUAUGCAGAGCUCCAAGCUCCAACCGGAAACUGUUUCUGAGAUUUAGACCAGUAAAAUACCUGUUGGACUGGUUGUUUUGUCAGGACCUGAAAAAUCAGGAAACAUACAGCGCUAUACCCUGAGUUAAAGGGACUUAAUUACCAGGAUCAUUACAGAACUAGAUGAGAAAACUAGUUUUACAGUCUCAGGAUGAACAGUAUAUUGUCAUUUGUCAACACAUGGGUUGAGUGAUCAGUUAGAAAGCAACAGGUAAGAAAAGGUGUACAUGGAGGGCAGUGGAGAAAGUUAAAUUCUUAAAGCAAUUAAUCAUGAUCAUAUCAGAACCACCUUUUAUGGCUUAUUUUAAAUAACCUUUACAAUGACAAGACCUGAGUCUGGACCUUAAACUGCAGAAACAAAGGGAUCGUGUGUCAGCUCAGGAAAAACAGGAGUAGAAACUAGAGAUAAACCUGAUUCAUAGCAUUUCAUGGGCUAUUUUUACUAGACCAGUGACUUUUUUUUUUUCAUUUAUUUCAUAGUAGGGACACACGAAUUAAUCAGUUGAGCAGUUCAUGGUGUUUGGUAAUAAUUGGCACUAUAUCAGUCCUAACAAGGCUUAUCUUACUGCCAUCUCAAUGGAAACAUGGUUUUCAUGUCUGAAAUGAUAGUGUCUUAAAUUUAAACAGCCAUUGGCUAGUUUGGGAUUUGAAUUCUGUUAUAAUGUGUAAAAUAAUGUAGUUUAGCGUGUCUUCUGACAAAACACAAGUUAUGUCCUUGAAUUUAAAGGAUAAACCCAUGUAUUUGUUUUUUUUUUUCGUCAAUUCAUAAAAAAUCCAUCUAAAUAAUAAUAAUAUUAAUAAUAAUAACUUUAUUUAUAUAGCACCUUUAAAAACAGAAGUUUAAAAAGUGCUUUGACAACAGUUGCAAGCACAGAACAUCAGCACAUGGAAAUAAAAACAAAUAAAAACAAAAGCUCAGUUAAAAACAAGGUCUCUGAAUUGUAGGCCAAUUUCAUUUUUCAUAAGAAACCCAGGCAAUACAAGAACCCUACAAGAUAAAUGGGACCAUGAGGACCAAAAUAAAAACAUAAAAUGAAAUAAAAAAGGAGGGCAGAAAGCAGGAAACAGGCUAGAAGUAUAAAAGAGGAUAUUAAUAAUAAUAAUAAAAUCAUAAUAAAAUAAUAAUGAUGGUAAUAUAAAUGAUAAAAUGGAAUAAUAAAAAAACAUUAAAAUCAAUGAAGGACCUAAGAGAUAAAAUAAGAAAAGAUUAUAAGUAAAACAAAGGCUAAAAGGAUAGCAAGUUGAAAUAAGAGGUAAAAGAGAUAAAAGAAAGAGGAGAAAAAAGGUAAAAGACAGCACCACAUAAAUGCAAGUCUGUAAAAGUGAUUUUUAAAAUUUGACUUAAAAGAAGCAACUGUCUCUGCACGCCUUAUCUCCUCUGGCAGGUCGUUCCAAAGUCGAGGAGCUCUGCUGGAGAAAGCUCUAUCACCUUUAGUUUUGAGCCUCGACUUUGGAACGGCUAGGAGGCCUUCGCCAGAGGAGCUGAGGCUGUGAGUUGGCUCAUAAGGUAUUAAAAGCUCUGGAAUAUAGCUCGGAGCAAGUCCUUUGAGCGCUUUAAAAGUAAUCAGUAAAAUCUUAAAACAUGUUAUCGUCUGAGAUAACCAUGUAUGUUAGACCAGGGGUUCUCAACCUUUGCAAGCUGCCCCACCCACCCCCAAAAGGUGGUUCAGUGCAGUUGAGCCCCCCCCCAAACACACACACACACACACACACACACACACACACACACACACACACACACACACACACACACCCUGGGCGAUGUUAAUGAGAAAGAUUUUCAAUUCUUGGUGCAAUGUUUGAUAAACACAGCCACCAUCCAGGAGAGAGGCUAAAACCUCCAGUGAGAUACCGAGGAUCCUGCAGCAGCGAUCAGAUGUAAACACCGGUAUUAAGUGUAAUAAACUUCAUCACCAGAGUCUUCCUCAUUAACACACCUGUCUGACCACAGCUGCUGAUUACACUACACCACUGUUUAUCAAAGAUCUGACAUUAAAAAACGGAGGGAAAAAUUUCUUACCUUCACUCUGGUGUCUAAAACAGUCAGCAUUAUCAGUCAUCCAGCUCCAACAGGUUAAUAAUCCACCGAUUUUAUUCCUGUUUACAUCCUGUUUGAAUCUCAUUUACAACCUCGCAGUCAGUGUCUCAUCCAUUUGCAUGAAAAAAAAAAGUUGGCCGGCUCAGUCAUUUAUUUACUGGUCUUCCACCGGGACACAGACCGCAUCUCGGUUCCGAUGCGGUGAGUCAGUCACGGCCUGUCUGGACCUGUGCUCUGGACUCGGUACCACCUCUAUGAGAACACCUGAAGCAAAAGCAAACUAAAACUUUGUUCAAACAAUGCAAAUGGAUGAAACGCAUUGACUGCAAGAAACGGGGUGUGAAUAAUAUCGAUGGAUUAUUAAACUGAUGGAGCUGGAUGACUAAUAAUGCUGACUGUUAUAGACUCCAGAGUGAAGGUAAGAAAUAUAUCCUGAAGGUUUGAUCAGUUAUGUCUCUGCUCAGAUGUGUGGUGGACAGAGAUCAGGAUGUUUUAGGAUUUUAUAUCAGAUCUCCGUUAAACAUGGUGUGGUGUGAUGAGCUCCUGUAAAAGCUGUAGCUUUGUGAACACAGGUGGGUCUGUGUAGAUGAGGGACACUCUGAUGAAGAAGUUUAUACAGUUAGUACAGAUGUUUACUUCGGAUUGCUGCUCUGUGUGUGUGUGUGUGUGUGUGUGUGUGUGUGUGUGUGUGUGUGUGUGUGUGUGUGUGUGUGUGUGUGUGUGUGUGUGUGUGUGUGUGUGCGCGUGUGCGUGUGUGUAUAACAUUGUGAAGGAUCCUCGGUGUGUGAGCCUCUCUCCCUGUAGUGACUGGUUGUCCUGCUUACUUGGUCGUUUGAGUGGCUGGGGCAAAAUCGUAGGAAACUUUUAUUGACACUUGCCAUGCUGUGCAGGCAGCUUCUUGUGGAGGUAGGCUCUAAGUUGGUCUAUUUCCAACCGCUUGGGACUCACACCCCCCAGGAGGGUGUCCGCACCCCCCUGGUAAAGAACCUUUAUCAUUUGUUUUUUUUAUUUUUUCAUAAUUACAGAUGGCUGGACAGAAAUCUCAAAGUCCCUUGUGGCAAUAUUAAACAGAACCCAUGUUUUCCAUCUGCAUUUAUUCUAUGAAGUGUUGACUCAACUUAAUCAGUUUUUCUCAUUUGUUAGUAUUUUGAAUUACAUUUUGUCAAAUGCAAAUAAAAAAUACAUAAAAAUAACAAUGUGACAUCAUCACUGUAUGUCAGUAUCAGCUGUUUAAAACUGAUAUCAGCCCCCCCUUCAGCCACACCUGUUUUGCCGAACAACCUCCAUGACUCUGAUCUUUCUUAAAAAACUGUUUAAGUAUUUUCAUCCAGUUUUUCCAGUUACGAAUGAUGCCAUUUAACCAGAAGAAGUAGUUUAGUUUAACUUCAACCCUAAAGCUCGAAGCUCUGUUCAGUCCCUUGUCAAAACAACUCUGAUUCUUCAUCAGAAUCAGAGUGCUUUAUUAUUAAUGGAUUGAUGUAUAGCUCAUUUAGUCUGUAUUUCUCUAGUCCUGUCUUGAUGUUAAAUUGUUAAGGUUUGUUUCAUAAGCUUCUGAGCAUCAUGUUUGGGACUCGAGACCAACUCCAAAAUCGCUGACCCAGGUGACCGAAGUAGGUCAGGACAGAGAAAAAUCACAUGAUAGGAAAACCAUGAAAUCCACUGCAACUAAAACAUCCUCAGAGUGUAUAGCAAGGGUCUAUAGGUCUUAGUAUCCUGAUGAAAACAGCUGAAACUAUGAAAAUCACCUAUUCAGUAGAUAUAAACUGUAAAACCCUAAAGACAACUUGCAAGAACAUGACUCUACCUGCACCAGACUUCUGAGUCAAAGUAAUACUGCUGGUCACUUUAUCUCACAUGUCCUGAAGGGUAAAGUAGAAAUGAGUUGGCGUUCCUCUCUAUUUCAAGUUAUUUGACUUCUUAGAGUACAAAAGCUGCUUUGGUGUUACAUUAUCAAAAGAGCAGGUUUCAGUAUCGUUGUAUUCAAUAUUGUUGUUUCAUACUUUGGACUACAAGUCUUGUCUUGUGGGCCUGCUGUCACAUUUUUACCUUUUUUUAAGAGGAGCAGUGCUUGAUGGGAGAACUGUCCAUCUAAAGCAGUAUGUUUGGAGUUAGGGGUGGAAUUGAUUAGAUAUUAAGACCAGAGCAGUUCUGCUUAUUGGCCCAUGUCUUUCAGGUUUCCUUCAUGAAUCCCUGUUGAUUUUCCAUGGAGAAAAAGUGGGCAUAUACAACAGCACAGUUUUUUAACUGGUUGAAUUUUUUAAACUUUUUUUUUAACUGGUUACCACUGAAGGGACUGACAUGUGAGAGCUCAGCUUCCGACUGAACUUUUAAAAGUCGGCUGCUGUUAGCAUAACCAGCUAACAAAAGCACACAAUUUCCCUAAAAUCAUGAAUCAUCACAGAUUACCUUUGUUUCAUAAACAAGAUUAGAUCUGGACAGUUGGUGAAAAUACACUGAUGGAGAACUUCCUGGUCAUCACAGAAACUGAGAGUUUGUUGUAAGAAAGAGUCCGCUCUCACCAAUCAAAGACUGGCUAUUACAGUAAGUCAGUAUGUGGUACUGUUCUCUUUGUAGAGCUGGUAUUGUACACACAUUAAAACUAUGAGCGAUAUGUAAAGACAAAUGAGAUUGACCAAAAACACCAGACCUUUUAGUUUCAGGAACCUUUCUUCCAGAAACUAAAUUCCCAUGGCUCAGUGUUGUCUGCGUUCGACUGAAGUUCAGGAUAUAUGAUGCUAAUGCAAAUCAGGCCAAGACAUCCAGGAAUUCUUUUGGAAAUAAGGUUACUUGCACAGCUGUUUGUUUGAGUGUCUGCUGGAUUUUGUAAAAGUUGUCACACAUCACAAUGGUGGCAGGGGAACUGAUCUAAGUGUUAAAUAACAUCAUGUAACAUGUUGCUCUGGUACUGUUACCCAUUAGUGCCACGACUUGUUUUACUGUCUUUCUGCUCAGCUGGUUUCUGUGUGUAAAAUUGUCUAUCAGUUUAUAAAUGAGAGUGUUUCCUGAUAAGAAUAACCCCUAAAACACCCAAAAGCAGCCCAGAGAUAAAAAAAUCCUCCUGUGGUAAUCGGACUCUGUAACAACGAGUUAGUGUUGUGUCGUUUAAAAAGAACUGAAUCACUUCCUCAAGUGAUUCGUUCAUUUCACAGUUCUGUUGAGCUGUAAGCAGCUAAGCUACCGUAACAUGCAGCAUUGCCGGGAAGCGAGAGACCGCAAACAAGUGAACAAAUCACUUAGUGAACUACACUCCCUGGAAUCAAUUUUGUCUGAGGGAUACACUUUCAUGGAGACCAUUGUUCCCCCUUGUUGAUUUAGUUUCCAAUUAAACGAACUUAAAAUGUUAGGCUGGUAGUAAUGAGAAAGGAGUGAGACUCACCAGCUACAGCAAGCUCUUGACAAGGAUGUGUUGUGUUUUUUUUUUUUUACUCUGCGCUAAAUUGCCACCACAACAACUUGCAUACAGUAGGACACAGCAUGUAACAAGUACUGUAUAAAACCCACAGUUUCAGAAAUGCAUUGCCGCAAUUUUUGGGGGAACAGAGCAUGUUCAGUGUGAAUUCUUCACUGAAUGUACAGUGGGGCCUAUCGCAGUAUCUUCGAGCGAAGGCAGGGGACACCCUGGACAAGUCGCCAGUUCAUCACAGGGCUGACUUAGUGAAUGAAUCUUUUGAAAGAAUUUUUUUAGUGAUUUUAGUGGUUUUAGUGAUUUUAGUCUUCUUUGUUUUGACUAGGGCUGCUCGAUUGUGACAAAAUUUGUCAUGUAUAUAGUUUUUUGAAGGCUGAUCAUGCAGUUGUCCAUGUGGCUGUGAUGAUGUGUGUAUACAAUGGCUCUAAACCUUAUUACCUUGGUCUGAUUAAGAACAAUGUCACUCAACUGGUGAAUUUAAUUUCUGGUUUAUUGUAGUCCUGCAGUGUAAAAGAGAUUUUCUCCUAUCCCUUCACUGUGGUUGUACUUUUGUUGAUCUCAGCAGUUGCCCAUGUGUGUAUGUUAUACUUCACCAUUUUUAUAGAAAGCAUUCAUAUCAGGAAAGAUAACCUAUAACUCAUCACUCCUCUUAACUCAACACAGCCAGAAGAGGAAAAGGAGUGAGGAUGGAUAAAAGAAGAUUAGGUAGAUGAAAGAGAAAUCAGGAAUGAGUUUAAAAAAGUGAGAGAGUGAAAGAAAGGUAAAGGAGAAGGAUGGUGAAAGAUAAGGAGCAAAAGAGUCAGAGAGGGAAAGACUGGUGUGGCUAGCCAAGCAGAAAAGGCUGUCAGUCUCUAUAAAAGAGCUCCUCUGUCAGAUUAGUAUGAGAGGGCUUCACUCUCUCUCUCCUCAUCCUUAGCCUUGUGCCUCUCACUCCUUUGUUGCAUGAUUCUCUCACUUCACUUCCCUUCUCAUGUCUCUGUCCCAUUUGUCUCUGCCGUAAAAAGAACACUAUAAUUCCUCAUGUAUGGAGCUGCUGGUUUUUCUCUCUGCAUCUCAGAUUAGCCCUGAAAUGUAUUUACAAAUCAUGACUGUCCUCUGUGAAUUCUCUCAGACAGACAGGGCUUGUUCUCAUAAAUUGCUAAGUUGCUCUUAUAUCAGUGAUAAUUACUCUGUGAUAGAGCCUCUGACUAAGGGAAACUGAACCCUGGCUCUGUGUUGUGUCAUGCAGUCAGAGUUGAUCUAAUAUGGUCAUACUGAUGAUGGGCAGUUUUUCCAUCUUGUUCAUCAUCAACUCUGACAGUAGGACACUUUGGCCUCUUACAGCCUCCUUUACAAAUGCUAAUCAUUGACUUUAUUUAAUUUUACAUAAUGCUAAAGGCACCAAUAACUGUCUACGAUCACAGGCCACUUAAUCAGGUACACAGUAUACAUUCAACAAGGUGUUUGAAACCUUCAUCUGAGAUUUUUGUCCAUAUUAAAAUAGUGGCGUCACGCAGGUGCUCUAGAUUUGUUGGCUGCGCUGUCCAUGAUUGAUGUGAAUCUCCUGUUCCAACACAUCCCAAAGAUGCUCUAUGGGAUUGAGAUCUGGUGACUGUGGAGGCCACUAGAGUACAGUGAACUCAUUGUCAUGUUAAAAAAAACAGUUUGAGAGGAUUUGAGUCCCUGUGGCAUGGUGUGUUAUCCUGCUGGAAUAACCCAUCAAAAGUUGGGUACACUGUGGUCUUAAACGAAUGGACAUGGUCAGCAACAAUACCUAGGUAGGCUGUGGCAUUUAUUGCUUAGUUGGUGCUAUGGAGCCCAAAGUGGGCCAAGGAAAUACCCCCACACCACUAGCAGCAGCCUGGACCGUUGAUUUAAGGCAGGAUGGGUCUCUGCUUUCAUGUAGUUUAGGCCAAAUUCUGACCCAUCAUCUAAAUGUGGCAGCUGAAAUCCAGACACAUCAGACCAGGCAUUGUUUUUUGUUUUCCAAUCUUCUAUUGUCCAGUUUUGGGGAGCGUGUGUGAACUGUAGCCUCAGUUUCCUGUUCUUAGCUGACAGGAGUGGGACCUGGUGUGAUCUUCUGCUGCUGCAGCCCAUCUGCACUGAGGUUCAGGGCUUGAAGACCUCCGGCAAGGUGCCGGAAAUCUGGCUCGGGAUUUUUAUUUUUUAUUUUUCUAAAUCAUGUCCAAAAAAAAAAUAAUAAACCCUAGUUAGUAAGAUCUGAAUAUGACCAGUAGAGGACAGCAUUACGCUGGAUAGCUUUCACCCUGCCCGAGAAGACGAAGAAGAAGCGGAAGAAUAAAAAGACGCAUCAGCAAGCGGCGAACGGUAAAUUUCAAGCAAUGGAUGCCAGGUUUAUCAAUCCAGGAGAAGAAACUGCGAUAUUGGAAGCUGGGCUUGGGUGGAAGAGGCUGGAAAAGAUGGAAAGCAUCGCGGUAGCUGUUGAUGAAAACUGAAAGAGCCAGGUGUUUGUUUUUGUGUGUCGUGCGCCGGAGAGCUUAUAAAUGGCAGCAGUAGGAAAAAGUUUGGUAAAGUUGAAAAGAUAUUCACAGAUUCAGACUUCCGGGAUCAAUAACUCUGAGACGAAACGUUGUCUAAACACAAAUGAUGACUAGCUACAAGAAUCAAAAACUGAAUUGUUUUUCAAAAACAAGCCGUUCUUCGAGUAUUGCACACUUUCUGAUCCCUGGCAAGAUCACUCGCACACCCGGGACUACCACUGCAGCGCGGCCGGCUGCCCGUGCUCCUCGACUGGCCAGAAAGCGUAAAGUGAGGAGGAGUGAGGACGAGGCUAAAGCUAACGCCUCAACGGCAGGCGCUCCCCAGCCUAUUCUUCGCUAAUUUGCGCUCUGUGGGAAACAAAAUGGAUGAUUUACGGCUGUGGAUUAUAAACCAUCACUGGAUUAAAGACUUCAAUGUCAUGAUACUAACAGAAUCCUGGUUUCACAGUGAUAUCCCCAACAACGCUGUGGAGCUAGAUGAACGUGAGCUACAUCGCACGGACAGAUCAGCUGAUAAAGGCAAGUCCGUGGGUGGAGGUUUGUGCAUUUAUAUAAACAAAGCUUGGUGCAUGGACAGUACCACACUCAAGAGUCACUGCUCUAUUAACCUAGAGUAUCUGAUAGUUAAAUGCAGACCUUUUUACCAGCCUGGGGAAUUCUCUGUCACCCUAGUGAUUGCAGCUUACAUACCCCCCGAGGUUAAUGCUAAGUUAGCAAUGAAAGAACUUCACGUUGCUAUUAGCAAAUAUCAGACUUUGCAUCCUGAGGCAGCCUUCAUCGUAGCUGGAGAUUUCAAUCACUCUAACCUGAGGACUGUGCUCCCAAAGUUCUAUCAGCACGUCACAUGUCCCACAAGAGGUGACAAGAUCUUAGAUCAUGUUUAAAUACCAACUUAAAAGAAGUAUAGAGAGCUGUCCCUCUCCCCCACCUGGGACGUUCUGACCACCUUUCCCUGUUUCUCCUCCCCAAGUACAUUCCACUCAUUAAAAGGAUCAAACCCGCGAUCAGAUCUGUAAAGAUAUGGCCCGAGGGGGCAGACCUGGAGUUACAGCACCGGCUACAAUCUACAAACUGGAGCCUGUUUGCCACCCAGGCCACCAUAGACUCCCACAUUGACAUUCACUCCUACACCUCCUCUGUUCUGAACCACAUCAGCUCCAAUAUUGACAGUGUCACUACCAUCAAACGGAGUAUCACCUUUUCCAACCAAAAGCCGUGGAUGAACACUGAGGUCUGGCUUCAGCUGAUGGCACGUGACACUGCCUUCAUAUCAGGUGACAAGCAGGCCUACUGCUCAGCCAGGGCUGACCUGAACAAGGCCAUUAAGCAGGCCAAGCAGAGCCACAAGCGCAAGGUUGAGGAUCACUUCAACACCAAUGAUCCUUGACACAUGUGGCAAGGCAUUCAGGCCAUAACGGACUACAAAACCUCCAACAACCCCCCAGCAACAGACUCCUCUCUCCCCGACAAGCUCAACAACUUCUACACCCACUUCGACAGAGACAACUGGGGGACGCACAUCAGAGCUGUCCAGCCUGCUGAUCUCUAACCCCUUACUUUCUCUACCACAGAUAUGCAUGCAGCACUGAGCAGGACCAACCCACGCAAGGCAGCUGGGCCUGAUGGCAUCCCUGGUCGGGUGCUCAUGAACUGUGCUGACCAACAGAAGUGCUCACAGACAUUUUCAACCUGUCCCUAGCCCAAGCUGUUGUCCUGGCGUGUCUCAAGUCCACUUGUAUCUUGCCUGUGCCAAAACACUCCUCUGCAAAGAGCCACAACGACUUCUGCCCUGUCGCUCUCACUUCUACCAUCAUGAAGUGUUUUGAGAGGCUGGUUCUGGUUCACCUCAAAGCUGGCCUCUCUCCAUCCCUGGACAGGCAUCAAUUUUCCCAUCGAAAGAACAGGGGCACGGACGAUGCCAUUUCAUCCACCCUUUACUCACUCACCUGGACAAGAGGAACACUCACGUACGGAUGCUGUUUAUUGACUUCAGUUUGGCAUUCAACACAAUCAUCCCCUCCAAACUCAUCUCCAAGCUCUGUGACCUUGUAGCAACCAAGCACCUGGACAUUACCCCCUCCAUCUGUAACUGGAUCCUUGACUUCCUCACUAACAGGCCCCAGUCUGUUAGGAUUGGCAACCUCACCUCCUCCACCCUAACCCUGAGCACUGGUGUCCCACAGGGCUGUGUGCUGAGCCGCCUCCUCUACUCCCUCUUACCUACCAUUGCACUCCCAUGCAUGGCUCUAACACCAUCAUUAAGUUUGCAGAUGACACAAUGGUGGUGGGCCUCAUCAAAGACAACGAUGAGACAGCCUACAGGGAGGAGAUCCAGCACCUGCCGUUGUGGUGUGCCGGCAACAACCUGGCAUUAAAGAGGUCAUCGUGGACUUCAGGAGGACUAGGGCUGUCACUCACGCUCUAAUUCACAUUGAUGAAGUAGAGGUCGAAUGGGUCUCCAGCUUCAAAUUCCUGGACGUACAGAUCUCUGAGGACCUCUCUUGGACCCUCAACACCUCGACCCUGGUCAAGAAGGCCCAUCAACGUCUCUUCUUUUUGAGGAGACUGAGGAAAGUCCAUCUAUCUCCUCAGUUACUGGGGAACUUCUAUUGCUGUGCCAUUGAGAGCAUCCUCACAUACUGCAUCACGAUCUGGGAUGGAAACUGUACUGCCUCUGACCGAAAGGCAGUGCAGAGGGUGGUGAAAACUGCCCAGUGCAUCACUGGAACAUCUCUUCCUGUCAUUAAGACCAUCUAUGACAGUCUGUGCCUGAGGAAGGCUCACAGCAUCAUUAAAGACCCCUCUCAUCCCAACCACGGACUGUUCACCCUCCUCCCCUCUGGGAGAAGAUACCGGAACCUUGUUUCCAAGUCAAGCAGACUCAGGAACAGUUUUUUCCCCGCCACUGUCAUCCCCCUAAACUCUUCAUCCACUCCUCUCCCCCCUCCAGUAAUAGCCCCCCCACCCCACCCACCCACCCACAUUCCUGCUGUAUCUUGUGACUGUACAACUCAUCCUGUGGAUGUGUGCAAUAUGGUCCAUGGACCUUAGUCUAGCACUUCUGUGCAAUAUGGGCUACGUGCAAUACGGACUAUGUGCAAUAUCAAUCUGACAGUAUUGAAUGCAUUUAUUUAUUUAUUUAUCGCUAUAAUACACAUAAUUAUUUAUUAAAUGUCUACUACUUCCUUACUUGUAAAAUAAUGUAUCACGAGCACUGACAUGUUUACUUUGCACUCUGGUGAGAUGCGAAAAUACUUUUCACUGUACUGUACUGUUCUUGUACUGUACAUUGACAAUAAAUUGAAUCUCAUCUCUCAUCUCAUCUCAUCUCAAAUGAUUAAACAGAUUUGUUGUGUUGCCAGUUUUUGAGGGCACCGACUGCCAACAUACCUUGCACAUCAGCUUAAUUGCUCAAUGUCACUUUGGAGAUACCCAAACCACCACCACACAACCGACGUUGAAUAACUUUUCUUCUCAAUAAUGGCAUCUUUGGAGGAUGACUCAAAGUCACGGCUGACAUCUAUUUUGCUGCCCUCAGCUCUGCAUUUUGCUCCACAUUCGGUCAUUCUGUUUACCUUUCCUGUUUACUUCUUCGGCAACUUACAGAAGUGAGCAGGAAAAGCUUGACUCUGAUUGGCUGUGGUGACGCACAUUUCUGCCAUGAUCGAAUUGAAAUUUGUCACAAUCAUUAAUCACAAUCAUAUAAUUGCGCAGUCCUACUCUGGCCCCUAUACAAAGUUAAGGGGCCGGUGCCUCAGAGGCACUUUUGUGAGACUGUGGAUUUUUUCAUCUUCCUCUUCUGGACAUAUUUCGAUUCACUACUAGUCCUAUAGCUUGAAGAGUUGUAGGAAAAAUGAUGUAUCAAAGUGUUUGGCUUGAUCAGGAUCAGUGUACUUUAACCUUCUCUAAUGUGUACACAUUUUUUGAAAAAAUUGCAUGGAAGUCAAUGGGACAAACAAACAAACAAAAAAAAAUUUUUAAGAGCAUACUGCUCCAGGUGUUUUUUUUUCUGUUGUAUAAAUAAAAACUUGAAAAAAGAGUGUUUGUUGUAGGUGUGCUCCAUGGACGUAAUAACAUAAUGCUGCUAGUAUUAAUAAUUUGAAAUCUCUGAAGAAUGUCAUCAUAAUGUACACAACCUGGCUGGAGUCCCUGUGGGAGGGAAUUUUUAUAGUUUAACUUUCUGUUGUCUUUCCAUCAUCUCAAACCAGUCUGCCGAUGCAGGCGGAUACAGGUUUGAAAAAUCGGACCAGUGCAGGACUCUGUGACACAUUUGAGUGUUAGAACUUAGCAGCAAGUUUUUUUUUUUUUUCUCAGAGGACACUACUUAAGCAUGUAAAUGACAAGAUGAAUGAAGACUGCUUGGUCCACAGGGGCGCCAAAGUCCACACAAAUAGUCUGAGGAGCUUUAAGUCAAGCAAGCCCAAUUAGGCAAUUGAAUGAGACUACUGUCCUUGUCCCAGUUCAUGAGGCAGAAAUGGAUCUGACUUUAAAAAAAUCUGUCUCCUGGUUGACCUACCUCAUGUACCAAAAUAAUAAACAAACUCAUCAGCAAGACGCUAACCACUGCAGGUAAAAUGAUGAGAACACUUCAAGGCCAGCUGGUGUCACAAAAAAGUGUGUGUUUGUCUGACUGACCAGGAGAAGUUUGAUUGAAUGUGGUUUCUGUCCCUUUAAGGUGUUCACUUGAAUUUCAAAAGUCCAUUUAGUCAGACUAAAACAAAAAGCUAAUGGACAAACAUGGUGACUAAUUGAACAUCUCACAUUUAGACUCCCGUACAUGGAUAAUGUGGUUGGGGAUCAGUUUUCUCUUCCAUGUCAUAAUAAUAAUAAUACUUUUUUUUGUAGUGCCCUUGACAUCCAGGGACCUCAAAGGGCUACACAUUACGAGCAAAGAAACAUCACAAUAAAGGAAUAUAAAAACAGGAGAAUAGUUAAAACAAGAGAAACACCUCAUCAAAGAAAAAUAAAAGGAAGUUGAGCAGGUUUAGGAAAAGAAUCUAAGAGGAGGGACCAAAACUUCUGCUAAAAAGAAAUGUUUGGAGUCCUUUUUUAAAACAAUCUGUGAGUUGUGGUGCCCUCAUGACAGUAGUCCAGCCUGGAGGAGAUAAAGGCAUGAACCAGCUCUUCUACAUCCGAGAGAGGGAGAAGGGGGGCAGAUUUUGGAAAUGUCGCGGACGUGAUAGAGGGAGGUCUUGCAAAUGUGGUUGGUGUGGGGGUGAGAUGGGGGUCCAUUUUAACACCGUGAUUGGUGACUGCUGAUGAGAUAGGGAUAUGGGAGCCAGAGAAGGUGAUGCUGGUUAUGGUUGAUGACUGGGUCUGGUGAGGGGUUCUGUCCAGGAUGAACUGGAUGGCUUUGGUCUUUGAACUGUUGAGUUGGAGGAAGUUGUGCUCCAUACCAUUAUGUCCUCCACGCAGCUGGUGAGUGUAUGUAUGCACCUUCAUUGUCCUGAGACUGGUUUUGACUGGCUGAUCAUGAGGUCAGACACUGCAGGAGUCACAGUAUGAUGUUUUGUAAGAUCAAUCAUAAAUAUGAUUCUUUAAUGUAACUCUUUCAUAAGGUUUAAUUUACUUUUGAUCUUAUUCUCUUUAGUUUAGUUUCCCUCUCAACCACUAGAGGGUGUGUCUGUUUGUAAAUCCCCCGCUGUUAUUGUCUGUGAUUGUGGUUCAGUUUUUCUAAUUAUUCUUAAUUUAAUUGUAGUAAUUCUGUUUUCUGUUUUUGUCUUUCACUCCAUCUCUCCGUAGUCAUACUCAGUGGGUGGUUUGGGUGAUGAAGACUUCAACAUCCCGCCUAUCACUCCUCCCACCCUGCCAGACCACAUGUUACCCCCACAUCUUCCCCAUGGUUCCCCCUCUGGACCAUACCAUCCUCUGGAACCUCCUUCCAACUCAGCUUCACAUCACCCCUACCAGCUGUCAGGCAUGGAUCUGCCAGGUAUGCCCGUUGGCCAAGAUGGAGCUUCUAUACUGAACCAAGAUGGUGGCACUUUCAGUUCCAAUGGAGGCCCAAUGACCAGCACCCUGUCAGUGGUAAGUGGUCAAACAUUUAUCAUACAAAUGAAAGAAAGAUUUUCCCAAAAGUGUUAUAACAUAGAGUUUCAUCCAGGUUUUCAUCUCUAGAUAAAGUUAUGUGCUGUUCACCUCCCAACAAAGUUUGCCUUCAACCAGGAAAUCCACAUUUUCCGACUUGGGCAGUCUAUACAAACCACAGAGUUUUCUAGGGAUGAGGGUUGAGACCCUGGUCUAUUUAAAACCUGGUUCGGUAUCUGUUCUUGUAAAUCAAAAAACUUUUGAGCUCACUGAAUCUUCUGUCAACUUUCUUGAAACCCAUGAAGUAAUGUUAUACUUUGAGUUACCUCAAGUUAUGCUAAUCAAAUCACCUAAUGAUUGAUUGGCCAAUGUGUUGAAAGGGUCCAAAGACAGAGUGGAAGGAAAUUUCUUUUCAUGUUGCCAAAUGAUUUCUUGUGAAGGAGAGCACACAACCUCCAUGGCCAAACACAUAAACAUUGUGCAUCAAAUCCAGACAAAAUCCAGAACCUUUGUCUGUGGCUUAUAACAACUCCAUCAACUAAGACUGCUGCUCCUCCUGCUACUAUCUUCCUGUUCCAUCCAAAGCAGCUGCCCUCUGACUUAAGAGCAAGUCAUUUUAGUUAAAAAUCCUAAUCCAAUGUUGAAAUCCACGUUUACAUAAACCAGAUAAAAGCUAGUAAGACGACCAACCAAGGUGACAUCAGUAUAUAGUGAGGUGUAGAAGAUUAGCGUUGGUCAAACGAGAACUAGGUUAAAGUAAAAUAGAUUAUCAUGUGUUUAAAUUUCAUGUCCAACCAACAGUAAAAAUGUUUUUUGAUUUAAAAAAAAUCUGUAAGUUUCCAAUAGUUUGGAAUCAAAAAAUAGUAACAGCAAAGACUUAAUCGUGGUAUCAAUAAGGACUCAAAUCAUACGUCUGUACAGUGGUAGAAGUAUCAGUAACAGUUAAUAUUUCCAGUCUCUAGUGUUCAAUGUUGUAUGCCAUUUCUGUUACUGCUGUAAAGCUAUGGGGGACCCCAGGAAGAAAAGUUGUUACAAUAAUCUGAUCCCACUAAACUGAACUCAACUGAACCUGUCAAAUUAUGAAUACUAAGGUGAAAUGUCUCAGAUUGGAUCAGAUUUGUCUCAUGAUUUGCAGUGACAGCCAUCUGAUUCAUACUUACUCUGUUCCUUAAUAUUCAACUGUGUGAAAUAAGCUGUGACCUGGAGCUACUGUCACUUGAACCAUGGCAGCUAGUCAUUUAGACAUCUCCUUCAUGUUAUUUAACUUUUAACCCUAUUUGUUGUAUGUAAUUUAUUUCCUUCAACUGUAUUUGCAUUAAUUAUGGUGUGUGCUGCCCACCUCUUGGCCAGGUCACCCUUGUAAAUGAGAUCCUGAUCUCAAAUAAAGGUUAAAUAAAAAGAUACAUCAGUUGACUCUCUAUCUCACAGUAAAGUUAAAACCUUGCUUUCAACGGUGACCUUCAGAUGUGGCCAACUGUGUCAUACAGUGAAGAAAUGAAAGUAUACGCUUAGAGUUAUAGGUACUCUGACUCUCACUGAAACUGAAUAAUUCUCUCAUUGAAUUAAGAAUGAAACUGUCACCUCCCACUCUUACUUGAUCUGUGUCUCUUGUUUCUGUCUCCGCGUUAAAUCCACCUCAUGUAAUAUUAAGUGUCAAUCUGAAGGCUCAAUAGAAGCUCUCAUCUUUGAUGCAGCUGAUUAAUAUUGUCUGUAAAAACACAAUUUGAUCUCAUUGAUCUCCUUUUGUAGUCACUUUAGUGAACAUUCUGGAAAACAUUAAAAAUCAUUGUUUGUGAAGAAGAUCUUAUUUUCCAUGGCUUGCUGCUCAGUCCUACCUUUUCAAUCGGUCCUUCUCUCUACCUUGAAUUUAUAUUCUCAUACUAACAUUCAUUUACUGCUGGUCCAUGAAUGAUGGUUGCCUGGCAACCGUGCCUGGCUCAGCCUAAUCGGGGUUGGAGGAAGGGUGGAGAUGGGGGAGUGGGGGGAGGCUAUAAAGAUUGAAGUCAAUAAGUGUGUGUAUUAUUUGCAAAGGAGGCAGGACUAUUUAGUAGCUCUUAAUACUGAGAUCCUGACUGCUCCUUUGAUUAAAUUAAACAGGUCGUUUAAUGUGAUGAUGAUGAUGAUGAUGAUGAUGGCGGAUAUAAAAUUAUAAAAUAUAAGUCUUUAUUUUAUGUCUUUUAUAUUCCAGUCAUAAGACAUAAUGUACAAAUACAGACAGUACUUCAUUUGAAACAAAAAGAAUAAGUGAGCUGGUGUGUGUGAAUAAAUCAUCUCUUUAAAGACAAAUGCGACAUUUAAGAAGCAUGAAGUGCAACACAGUUUUCAAUAUGUCCAUUUGUGAUUCCUAAAAUCCAGAUCAGUGUUUCCGCCACUAGGGGUUUGUGUGUUUUAAAUAUCAGCUGUGUGAUUGCCGACGAUAACUUGUGCGUUCGUGUGUGCCACAUAUACUGAUACAUAUAUACAUCAGUCUGGGGGGGAGUGUCUUUGUGUGUGUGUGUGGAAUUAAUCAGCUGUGUGAUCGCCAACGAUAACUUGCCAAUGCUAAUCGGUGCAAGGUAGUCCGAGUUAGAGCCACAUAAGAGUCUUUAUUUAAGGUGUGGCGGCUUUUAUGUUGUUGUGGCAGUGCGCCACGAUCAAUUGCAUGUGGGGGAAACCCUGCAGAUGUGACAAAGACAUGGUACAAGGCUUUAUUUUUUUAACUUCGCUUAACGCUACAGAUCCUGGCAUAUACGACUCAAAUAAUUGCCAAAGCUGACAAUUACAAACUUGAUCUACCUGUAAAAGAUACAGCGAUAUGUACAAACAACCUUGUGUGAAGGUAAUCUCUUCCCCGGGAUAAUUAAAGUACUCUGAUGCUGUUAUGAUUAAAGCAGAAUUUAAACAAAGUAUUUAAUGGGGUGUGCCAUCUAUGGCACCUCACAAUUUGAUUAAUUAGGAUUCAGGGUGCAAUGAUCCGAUCAUUUAACAAUUAUAACCAUUAUAACUAUAUCAAUUAUCAAUGCAUCAUUUUCCCCAUAAAAUAUAUUUUUUAAACAAUCUAUAUUUGUCAGCAUCCAUUCAACAAAGUUAACAAAUUUACCUACACUAUGUUUUAUUUAUUAUAAUGGACCAAAUGAUCCAAAACUUUUUUCAAGACAAAAAGCUGGUCUUAAUACCUAAAUUGCUAAAACAAUUAGCUUCUUCAGCAGUAAUAAUAAUAACUUAACCUUAGUCAGUGGUAAUUAAGACUUCUAAAUAAAGUAUUUAAUGAGCAGUAUCGCAUCCCACAGCAAUCAAACAUUUUGCAAUCGAUGACCAAAAGAACCUUUAAAUCUAUAAAAGAGGCAGAUGAACAGAAUGAGACCAGAAUGAAUCAAAUCCCCCACAGGAAACGCCUUCACAUACUGAAUUUCAAACUUAAAGCGUGAACAUCAUGCUCAGUGACAGCAGCCAGCAAGUUAGCUGCUGCAAUAUUGGCUAACAGUCUCACAGUCUGGGUCCCUUAAAAUCAAUGCAUUGGCCCAGCCCCAGUACAUAAUAAAGUGCAUUUAGUGUACGAAAGCAGUUAAAAUACCCAGUAUUUCAGUGAUAAAAGAAAAAGCUAUUCUUAAAUGAAAUAGGCACAAACAGAUGUGAAGAGGUUUAAGUCACAUUUCAAAAAUGUCUAAAAGACAUCACUCUAAACAUGUCUGUAACAUAGGUGUUGCAUUUAUUCUAGGAGUCAGGGACAGAGUAAGAAAAGCAGUAGUUCUAACUCCAGGAACAUGACAGAGUUACAUGUUUGAUAAAAACAAUCAGAGUAAUAAUGAAGUUCAGUGAGGUUUGUGGUCUUUUUCCUGUUAGAGCUUCAUGCAUAAAGAUUUUGCAAAGAAUGUGAAGUCUCUCUUGGAGGAAGGACUACCUGAACUCAGAAUACAAAAUAUGAUUCUUCUAUCUAAAGGAAACAUAUUGCACAAUAAAUCAUUUAAAUUACCCCCCUGUGAAAAUCUUAACACAUCGAAUACCUCCUGACAAUUGUUUGAUAAUGUCUCGUCAAAAAAAAAAUAGGUUUGGUCACAGGACUGGUGAUGUGACAAAAUCAUUGAUAUGAACAUUAAUAGAAAUAGAUGAUGAUAUGUGAGUUAAGUGUGUAUAUUUAAUAAAGUUUAUGAAUUUAUCUGUUGCUUCACUCUUGUCCUUCCGUUCCUCAUUUUGGCUGGUUUUGUUGUUUUAUUUACAAGUUUUCAAAAAUAUCAAUGAUGUUGUAAUCAUUUAUGGCCAUAAUAAUCAUUAGGUAAAAAUCACCUCUUAUGUACGUUUAUGUUUCCUAUGAAAUCUAAACUCUAAAAAUAAUAAGAAUAAUAAGAAUUAUGAAACAUGAAUCAAACUUUGGGGUAAGUCUAAGGGUCAAAGAUCUUUUGAGGAUUAUGAAAGAAGACAUAUUUGACUAAUAUGACCUUUACUGACGUCCUAGACUAACAAAUGCUAACCACAGCUUUUUUGUUUCAGCGUUUCCUCCAUAAAACACAUACACUGGUUUUUCUGCAUUUGAGAAAAGUCACACUAUGUUCCGUUGAAACACCACAGCGGGGCUCUGAGGCUGUUAUCGAUGAUCGAGAACAGCUAAUGUUUGCCCAACAGGGGUGCACAACAUCAGACCACAUCCGCUUAUAUAUAUCCUGCUUGUUGAACGGAAACUGUAAAUACAGAUUAUCAACAUGUCUGGUUUUGUGACUGGAGGUGUAAAAGUUCCCAUGCAGAAGGGGUUUUCAGUGAUAACUUUUGUUUUCCAGAGAAAUGGAGUGUAUUGUUGAACUUUGACUAAUCAGAGUUUCAAUCAGAGUAAAAAAGAUAACAGUAAUUAAUAUUUUACUCCUAUUCUCAUCCUCUUUUUUAACCGUAUCUGGGUUGUUUUAUUUGCAAUGAUGUAAAUACGGAACAGUUUACAAUAGUGAAAAGCUGUGUACACCAAUGAGACACACACUGUGGACCGGACUAUCUAGACAAUCUGGUCACUUCAGUGAUACACCAGCUUUCUGUGUGUCUGGGUUUAUGCCAGGGGGGGAGAUAAUCCAGUGCUUGUACCUGUUCAGCCUGAAGCCCUCCAAUAGACCAUACACCUUCUCCCCACCCUUACUCUGGGAGUGUAGAAAUAAAGAUGCUUGAACAUGUUUUUGUUGCAUUCAUGUCUGAGAGGGAUUUGCUAUCUUAAACCAGUCCUGAUACCGUCUUCUCUCUGACCUGUAUUGCCUGUUGCCAUGGUUACUGUCUGACUUCAUUAUGAGUGAACUGGACUGCUGAACACUCUACAAACCUUUUAAUGCAAAGGCAGACUCUGUGUAAGGUGUGUAGAUCUGUUAGGGGGAUUUACUGGGUAGCUUAGAGACUGUAGAAGCAUUUGUUCAGUCCAAGAUUUGAGAUUUAAACCUGAUUUAAAAAGAAGAACAAGAAUUAACCUUAUAACCGUCUUUUAAGAAAUAUAGAAUACUGAUAUUGUGAUCAGAUUAAUCAUACAGUGGUACCAUGAGUUCAUUGCGGUGGUCCUUUCAGCUGGUCGCCACAUAUCAUUAAACAGAGAACAGAUGCAGAAACAGCAGCUGUAGUAGUUCUCUGAGAGAUGAUCAGGAACUUUUAAAAAUUGUCUUUUUGGAUUUGAGCAAACCUAUUAUUUGUAUCAUACUUCAAAUCAUAAGAUUUUUUGAGCAAGGUCAAAUAUAAGGUAGCAUUAAUGUAGAAUAAGGUACAAUGAUAAAAAGCAGACAGACAAAUAGACUUUUUACACAUGCAGUCUGACUUUGAAUUGAAGGGAAGUUUUUAAUUGAUGUCAGCCUGGAACACUGUAAAGCUGAUUUUUACCCCUUCAUCUACUAACAGCCAUCAUCCCUUUUUGUCCUACACAGAUGCAGCAGAUGGUGAACUCUGAUUCUCGGUUCACCAGCAGCCAGCAGCCGCUUGAAGCAGCGCUGGGACCCAGGAGCCAAGUGGGUAUGAGCCAGCAAAGUCAGCUGUCCACCAUCAACCAAUCCCAGCUGGGACUGAGCAGGAACUCUGUUACCUACAAUUCUCCUUCACCUCCUGGAAGUAAAUCAGCCACUCCGUCCCCCUCCAGCUCUGUUCAAGAGGACGAGAACGAUGAUGGCCUUAGGGUAAUGACUAAAAACUCCCACAGACGCUCUUACUCCUGUUUUUAUAAGUUACUGAGUAAUGACACUCUUGUCCUGCGGGGUUUGUGUGUGUUUGUACAUGUCUGUUUGUGUGUGUAUGCAGACAGGACAGUUAUCAUAUUACCGGUAUAUGUCAUAACAAAGCCUCUUUUUUUGCCAUGUCAAACCAUUACUUAGCUGCUGAAGUCUUACAGUCAUUUGAUCAUCUUUAUUGCUUAUGUGAACAAGAAUACAGUAAGUUAUGAAUAGAUGAAAACACAGACAUUCUUUUAUCACCUGAUGAAACACUUCUUUACAUCUGAAUAAUGACCACCUUUGUUAAGUUCAACAACACUCAGAACUAUCUUUACUCUUCUAAAACUCUCUUCUGUUACAUGAGCAGCUGGCCUUUCAUGAUCAUUUACAAGGCAGGUUUGUGGGUUUAGCAACUUCAAAUAUUGGCAAAAGAAAGACAAACACCUUUGACAAACGGGAAAGGAAAUGUAAUAAAAGAGGACGAUUUGAUGUGAUGAUAUUUAGAGGAACUGAAACUGGUCAAAAAAGUCAAUAUAUCAAAAAUGUAGGAGAACAGGGAGAUGUUACUUUAGGUCAGAUAGUGGACAAAGUCUCAGUCCCCGGAAAGCGUAUUUUAUUACAUUUGAUCAGCUUGUCUUUCUAUGCCAUGGGUACCAAUAAUAACACAUCAUUUCAUCAAAGUUUUUGAAGGUUUUUAAAAAGAGGAAAGACUGUUUCUAAAGCUUCUAUGGGACCAUUACAUUUAGGUCAAAACAUUAGGACAAUUGUGGGGAUGUUGCUCAUGUUACAAGGUAACUUGUUGGCAAACUCAGACCACAUCCAUGAAGUCUUAAUGAGGUGAAAAAAAGCAAUCAGCAUUGUUAAUCAGGCACGGCCCUUGAUCUCUGUAGCUGAAUUAUAUCUUGACGUUAAACUUGACCAUACUGUUUAUUGAAUGAUUAGGUGACUUUUAACAUUUUGGUUGCAGAACUGCAUUUCAUUCAUCCCCUCACUGUCUAUUUUCUGAUCCUCACCUCUGCCUGUCUACACAGCUGUGUUGACUUCAUCUUUUUCCUCCUCUCCAAACAGAGUAGUGUAGCAGAGAAGAGACCGGCAACCGUGGACAUCUCCAAGAAACCCAAAACACCAAAGAAGAAAAAGCGAAAGGACCCCAAUGAGCCAGUGAAGCCGGUGUCUGCCUACGCUUUGUUUUUCAGGGACACACAAGCAAACAUCAAGGCCCAGAACCCGAAUGCUACCUUUGGGGAGGUGUCGAAGAUUGUGGCCUCCAUGUGGGACGGCCUGGGAGAGGAGCAGAAACAGGUAGAUCCUAUCUUAAUUAAAGUGUGUCUUUGUGCCCCCCUUUGUGCCUCUCUAUGAAAAAAGUGAUGAAACAAAAUGAUGAAACCAAAAGAAAUCCCAGGGGGAGAAAUAAUGUUUCUAUCCCGCUUGACAAAAGCACAAAGGAGGAGGGAGAGGUACAGUUAGUAACCUCAUGGUCUGACAGGAAUCAACAUUUCUGCAGACAAAAUCUGCUCUAACUACACCACCGAGACCUCCCAUCAUUAGAAAGUUGGCAGAAUUGUUCCAUAUGACACAUCAGUUACAUUUCAAGAGUGGUGGGAGCAGCCUCAGGAAUUCCUGGUGUGGUUUUGUGUUUGAGAUAACUGUCAGCUGAGAUAAAUGCUCUGAUUGAUGAUCUUUUUUGAGGCUGUAAACUGUAAUAAAAAUCAGCAGCUCUGUGGUUUGAGGUCAAAUGCUUGUGUUUCAGGUUUACAAGAAGAGGACGGAGACAGCUAAGAAGGAGUACCUGAAACAGCUGGCUGCUUACAGAGCCAGCCUGGUCUCACAGGUGCUACACAAACAAGCACAAACACACACAAAUACAUUUAGCAUUUAGCUAAUGAUUAAAGGGAAAUUUCAGUGUUUUGAAAGUAGGGUUGUCUGAGUUACAUGUCACUUGUAAGUGUUUUAUCCACAGUGGAGGUCAGUCAGCUCAGUGGCUUUACUGACAAACUGCUGGUAGAAACAGGACAUUAGCUGUAUGCUACAGUUUCCUGAAGACUGGGCUGAAUUUGGUGUGUAACUUAGCACAGCUUUGAUCCAAGCACUCAUCUUGAUUUAAGUUUGCCCUCUGCCAAGAAAGUUUGCAGCACUUAGCAAAUAGUGCAGGAACAAAUGGGUUUUCUGGUGGCUGACACAACACACUCAGACAUGCUCUUACACCUGCCAUGCACUAAUCAGCUGUUUGGUUUGCAAGCUUUAAAGAGACAAAAAUAUGACCAAUCUUGAUAAUGAGUGAUUCUGACAGGGCGAUGACUUGCCCCUUUGGAUGCCUGUUCCAGAGUCCACUGUCAUACUGAUCGCUAAAAGCUGUUUGGUACCGACUUUUUUCAAAAGCCACAACUAAUGCUCAAAACAGCACCUAACUUCAUCAACAGUACAAAUAGGCUCCCAGCCAUAGUGCUAGCCACCAAACAUCUUUUUAACUUUGUCUGAUUUCUUUAGCCAAGAGGCUAAACACAACUCACCUACUCUCUUCCAGCAGCCGCUGGUUCGUGGGGGAGCCCUGGUGAGUCGAUCAUCGAGUGCAACUGAGUUUCACAGCUCAAGGAAGAACAUUUAUGAUUGUUACUUCGUGGAAAUGCAAUCAGAGUUCUUGUGUAUCUUGUAUGUGCACUGCAGACACGGUAGUUCUUCUGCCUUAGCGUCUCGGUCUGAUUGCAUUUCCAUGAAGUAAUAUGAGCGAAAUGAGCUGCAAAACUCUACUGCACUGGGUGAGUUGUGUUUAGUCUCUUUGCUAAAGAAAUUAGGCAAAGCUAAAAAGAUGUUUGGUGGCUCGUACUAUGGCUGGAACCCUGUAUGUACUGUUGAUGAAGUUAGGUGCUGUUCUAAACAUUAUUUAGGGCUAUAGAGUGGCUUUUCAGUUGAGGUUUGCAUGUGGAGACAUAGACCGCUGUGUAUUGCGGUCUUUGCUGAAGUUGGUAUAACUAAAGUAGCAAGCAGUCUGCCACAUUUAUCUCUCGGGGAGGGUGGUGUCUAACUCGAUGUUACGGUGUGUUUGAUCAUUACAUUAGUAUGCCAGAAUAUCCCUUUAAUGCAUCAAAAAAGUACAUAGCUUCAGUUGUUAUCAUUAAAAACCCAUUUUAUUCUGUAUUUUCACUGAAAUGGCAACAUAAAAGCUGCGAAAGCCCUCUGCUUCCUUUAAAGUGAAUAAAUACAAAAAAUCAUAAAUAUGAAUAUGGAAAAGGUGCAAUCUCCAUGAAAAAGUCAACAGAAAUGGAUGAAUUAGUCUUGAAUCAUCAGUGCCGUUGUUUCUGUGUGAUUUUGAGUCUAUCAGUGCAGGCAUUUUUCAGGUCAAUCUGAAGCCACAUGACAGUAGUCUGGAGAGUUUGUCUUAAUAUAAAAAUUCAUCAAAUGUCAGUGACUUGUAUGCUAAGCAUGCAGAAGAACAUAUCUGUGUGUGUUGCAUUAGUUAAUAGUGUAAAAACAACUGUGCUUUCUGAAGUCAAGGCGCUAGAAAAAUGAGCUAAGUUACAUGACAGACUUGUCCCAUCUGCCAAAAAACUGGAGCAUACCUAGUGUCUUGUUUCUGUCUGCGGUUUGUGGGUAAAGGCGUGGAGCUUAACAGAAGCAGUUGUGGCCAAUACACUCACUAGAGUCCUGUAACUCAUACAAUGUCACUUCAAAAGUACCGAAACAUCCCUUUAAGAAAAGUAAAUGUGUCCCAAUGAAAACUGACCCCCUUGUCUUUCCUCUCUUACUCCAGAGCUACAAUGACCCAUCUGAGAUGAAGCCGCCUCACUCUUCCUCCACAUCUUCUUCCUCCUCUACCUCAAUGUUCACACCCAAACCUUCAGUCUAUCCCGGUCACCCAGGCCAGCACCAUUCCUCAAACUCACUUCCCCACCCUCACCCCCUCCCUCCUCCUCAGCAUCCAGGCAUGUACAUGUCUUACCCUCACCCAUCACAUCCUUCCCAUGCCUCCAGCCCCAGCCUUGGCCCUCACCUGCCCCCUCCUCACACCCAAAUCCAUCCCCAGGUCCAGGCUCUGUCCUCAAGAGGGGCUGUCCCACGGCCCAGCGCCCCCCACCAAGGAGCUCUGUCCCUUGGCAACAUGGCAGCGGCUUCCACCCCUCCUCUCCAGGUCAGCCCUCCUCUCCACAGCCAGACUCACCUGGGGGGGCUGCACAGUCCACACCAUCAGCACCAGCAGCUUGGUGGACACUCACUGGGAAUGAGGCAUUCAUCUGUCAUCUCACAGGUUAGUCACACAAUCAUCUGAUGAUUGACCUUCUGCUUGACAGGAAAAAAAGUCCUCCUUCAUCUUCUCACUUCUGUAUUUAUUGAUUCAAAGUCUUGACUAAACCAGAUCUUCAAUCAGGGAUGAGAAGAGAUUUUUUAUUAUUAUUUUUUUUUUCCGGUUAGGGUUGUGUGAACGAGAUCACAACAGAUCUCACAUCAUAUAGUUUUUUUUAUUUUUUUUUCACUAAAAUGAUGUUGCUACUAUGGACAGCAGCUAGGAAACAGAGCUUUUUUUUCAUGCUGUCUACCAAUCUUUUAUUGAGUAUAUUAGCUGUCUGCAGUCCAAAGUAAACUGAUCUUUAGAUUGCACUCUUUUUUGCAGAUAGAAUUUUGGGAAAGCUGCACACUCUGAAAGAAGGUUUUUUUUAGCUGUCAGCAUUAUUGUGUUAGGAACUAUUAGAUUCACCUUUGAAAUCUAUCAAUAAAAACAGUCAAAAUUUCUACAGAAAGACUGUUUUUUGUCUUGACUUGGAGCAAUGACCUUCCAUAUAUAAUAUUUCUAGAUCAGUAGGGACAAUACAGCAGCAAUGCAUUGUGGGAGGGUCUGAUUGAGCCAAAUGCAUGAAUGAAAUGAUCCAACUGGGGAAUCCUGAUAUGACAGGUGUUAAAGAGUUCCAUUUUGAGUGAGGUCUCUGACUGCCCUUGUCAUUCCUUCUCUCAUUUAACUUAGGCCCGAACUACACGUAUAUGGAUAUUUAUUUAUCAGGAUAUUUUUGUACUCCUGUCUAAAUAAAUGUAUCUGUCCACACGUGUUAGUUCUCAAAAAUAUCUGCGUCCACACAUAGCCUUCAAACUCAAUCCUAUCUGGUGCCGCUUAAAAAAAAAUUCAGGAACAAAGCUAACUGAUUGGCCGAUGAAUCGUAACAGCGCGAUGCGUCAUGCAUUGUUUGCGGAAGCUACGCUAGUGCGUCGGGUCCAUGUGACGGACCAUGUGACCAAUAAAAGUAUUGGCUGCGGCAGACGCGUCUGUGAGCUGGCUGACUGGUGGAUGUAAUUGUAUAAAACAAGGUUCACUUGCAAGGCUGAAAUUAGCCCCAAAAGGGCAAAACAAACGUAAAGAAUACCCUGUCUGUCCGCCAUCGUUGUUGUUGUUGUUUUUCUUUUUAAUUCGCAUGCGCGAGCUGCGGUUUGACGUCAUCGAUCCGUAAAAGUCCAGCCACACGAAUCCACUACGGAUACGGGAUACGGAUAUUUUUUUAUUUCUCCACUUGUUUUUCCGGAUUCAAAUUUAUCCGGUUUGAGUGCUCCAAACUCCCGUUUUGGUGUGGUAGGGAGGCCUAAUCGGACAUAAAUAUGUGCAGUUUGAAAUAUAUCCGCAUUCGUGUAGUUCGGGCCUCAGUCUAUCAAAUAGUCUAUUAACCAGUCAGUAAAGCAGCCCCUCUGUCCACUGAGUUUCACAGACCCUGUUUUCUUUGAAUGACUCUCCUGUCACAUCAGGACAGAAGCAUCUGGAAGAGGAGUUUGAUAUACAGACUCUCUAACCAGUUACAAAUAAGGGGCUGUUGUCAUUUUCAGUCUUCCCUCACAUUAUCCUCUUUUUUAUUGAGCAUGUUUAAAUUCCCUCUUCUCUCUCAGCAAUUCUGCAUAUAGUUUUCAAAAAAGUGAAGUUAUAAAAGAGAGGACACAGUAAUGAUACUGCAAACUUUUUUUCUGCAGAGUAGAGAAUGAGAAAUGAUGGGGGAAGGGAGAGAAGGGGAGAGAGAGAGAGAGAGAGUGUGUGUGAGAGAGAGACAAAAGAGGCAGAUGGGGUCUUUGUGAAGGAGUGAAGGAGAAGAAUUUGCUCAACAAUGGAUGAAUAGGUGAGGUGGAGGAGGAGAGGGGGGAGAACCCAACCACCUGCUGUCCUCCUCUUUCUCCUCUUUCACUCACAACACUCAGAUUAACUUCCCUUUCAGCUUCUCCCACUCCUCUCCCUCUCUCUCCAUUACAAACUCAUACACACACCCAAACACACCCCUUCCUUUGCACUCAUUCCCCUCUCUUUUAAAUCUCUUUCUCCCUAACUUUAUUCUGGUAAGACAUCACCUCCUCUCCUCCUCUUCCUCUUCCUCCUCCUCCUCCUCCUCUCCCUCUCCUUUAACCUUGUUAUCUCUACUUCAUUCACACUCAUCCCCCUCCCUUCAUCCCCUUCUCUUUCUCCCCUCUGGCAGAUGAUAAGAUCAGUAAUAGCCAACAAACGUAAAAAAAAAAGUGCUGAUGAUCCUUGGGCUGAUCUCUGUUUCCUCUGUAUUAAAGUUCAUACAUUCGUUUUUCUCUUGGUCAUUUUUCUGAUAAGUUCAUUUCUCUUGAUGAUGGAUCUGCUCUGAGUUACUGACAAACAGCACUUCAAUAACCAGGAGUGUUGUUGGGUAUCACUAAUAGAAACAGUAUGGAGUAAGAAAAUGAACAAAAGAACCCUGAUGAAUAAAGUGUUCAAUUUCAGGCUGUUUUCUUACAUCUACUGUAAACUAUUCAGGCUGUCUUGAUAAACCAGUACAGACAGUCUUUUUGAAAAAAUUAGAUGUUGAUAUUUUAAAUAAGCAUAACUGUAUAAAAUAGCUAUGAAUUUAAGUUUGAAGUGGUCCUUGUCUCAUGUCAUAAUACUAGGAGAGAUGAAGAAGCAGCAGCUGCUAGUGAGCAAGCUGUAGCAGCCCUCUGAGAAAUCAGGCUUGUACCUCAUUGAGUUACAAAUAAAUCUACUUUCUAAAAUUUUUGAACAGCUUUGAUUCAGCUUCAUAACUUCCCAUCUACCAACAGUAGCUCGCUUGUCAAAAUAAAAGCAUCGUUUUGUAUGAUGUAGUAUAAGGGCCACACUAAGAAAAACAUAAAUUUCCAGAAUAAGGGUAUAUGUAAUAAGAUUAGUCUAUCAGUUCAGAAUUAGAAGUUACAUAAUUGCCACAGUGUGAGCAAGCAGAAGUAAAUACUUCUUGCUGAACCCUCAUAUGUGUGAUCUGAUUGUUUCUGGUUUUGUUUCUGUUAUGUACAAGUGAAUAAUUGUUGUCAAGGAGUUUACACCAAUCAGAAUGAAGUAUUUAGCAAGGCUGGGACUCUGGGAGAUAAGUCAUAAAGCCCAGUAAGGAAAUAUCUAUUUUGUUACUGGGCUGAGAGCUAUAUUGCUCUCCUACCUAGAUGUAAAAAGUACAGAUGACACAGCACAGAGACGUGUGCAGGGCAGGCUGUGUCUGCUUCAAUUAGCACAUUGUAACCAGCACAGGCAUGUGGACGUAGACCUGCAGGGAGCACUGAAGGCUGAUGGUGGUACCACUGUUCACAUAGCCCUUCUCUGCAAAGCAAUUUGAAAUUCUUACCAACAAACUCUACGAGCCCCUGUUGAGAUGUGUUAAAUAAAUCAUUUUUCAUUUUGACUCUUUUCCUAAUGUUAAUGUUUAGUUGAAACUUUAAAUUUCUUACUUCACUGAACAUUGAAUUUUCCCUUGGGGAUAAAUUAAGUUCUUCUUAUCUUAUCUUGAAGCUCAUUUUCACACAGUUAUCAAGUUUCUCAGUUUGAUCAGCGGCUGAGUUAAAUUGAAGAAGUUUAUUACAGUAACUUUUUCACUCACUUUUUUCACUAACUUUAAGGGCUACCACCAGUCUGACUACCAGCCAAUAGGAGCCGGGAUGCUGAAUGGAGGAGGAGGAGGGAUGUCAUCAUCAGUGGACUACCACCAGAUAGGUCGACAUACACCGAAUCACCACCCCUCUCUGGACUGGAGCUCUGAUUACCAUGGCAACGGGUAUGCAUCAGUUCAUUUGAUUUACGGAACCAAUAAACACCACACUGACUUACCUUAGUGCAGUGAUGAACAGGUGUAACUUCAGGACACAGUGAAAUCAUAGUUUGAAUGACUCACACCUCUGUGCUGCUGCCUGGGCUUUAACUCUUCUCCUCCGUUCUGCAGAGUUCUUCAGAGAGACAAACAUCCCUACAUGAGCUAAUCCAGGACAAAGUCAAACUGCAGCCAGGCCCGUCCACUGCAACUCCACAGGAACUCUGUCCUCAUCUCUACAUGAGCUCAGGCCAGUCCACCCCAACCUGAACCUGCUAGAUGAAGAUGGCUCAUCAGACCACCAAAAACUGAACCUCUGUUGAGUUGAACAGGCUGAACAUUAGCUCAAACUUGAGCUCAAAGGGAUGUUUCUGUGUAAGGAGACCUAUUAAUCUCAUUUUAGCCCUCAUUACAUCAGUCUGGGACACCUAAAGAGUAACUGUGCAUGAUUUGCAGCUCAAAGAACUCCUAAUUCAUUUUUACCAGGGGCCUCAUUUAUCAACCAUGCGUACGCACAGAUGUAUGCGUAAUGAGUGCAUACCAACAUUCCCAUGCAAAGUAUGGAAUUUAUCAACCUGUACCUGUGCUUAGGAACAUGCGUAAAUUUAAGCACAACUCUGACCAUGCUCAAGCACAGAAUCUAGUGGUAGAACAGUGAAACUACAAAUAGAACCCAUUAAAGGAGUCACAGCGUUCAGCAAUGUCAAACUUCACACAUGUUCUCCGUUACCUCUGUACAAAAUUUGUUAAUUAGUUCAGACAUUUUGAAUGAUUGGUGUGACAAGCUAUAAAAUCAGCUGUGACAGGACAACCUCAAAGAAGUCUUACAAAUACAAAUACAAGUAUCAUGUCUUAUUUUGUGCUAUUGGAGGACUUGGUGAACCGUAUGCUCCGCAGAGAACGCGGAGCAAACGGGUUACAAACCCGUGUUAGAGCGAGAGAGAUAACACACCAAAGCCAUCCCAGUGCACACCCAGCCCUUGUCGACCCUGGGAUUUUUGGCCACCGGAACAUUUCAGUGGAAGACUGGAGACAUGUACGACAUCUCGCAGCCAGCGCUAAGCAGAAUCAUGCCAGCAGAGUUGGAUGCGAUAAUUUCUCUGGCCUCAACUUAAAUCCAGUUCUCAUACACACAUCACCAACAAGCGGUAAUACAUGUUCGAUAAAUACAGAUUUUUUUGUACUUACGCACAUUCUAAAUUUCAUACCUACACCAGAAUUUAGGACCUUUUCUAUGUUGAUAAAUGAGGCCCCAGGUAAGGGAACAUGUUGGUCUAGAAUGGUAGAGGCUGACUUCAGGUUCAGGCCAAGCUGUUUUAGAGAAGCCAAAAACACACAUAGGAAAUACGCCAACAUCUGUGUAGCUCAUGUUAUAAAGGCUGAAGAUGGACAUCCAACACUGAAAAAUUAAAUGCAUUUAAAUAUUGAUUAGCAUAAUAGGUCUCUCCUCGUGAUAUUGGGUCUCUUAAGAGAUAAUAGUGGAAAAAAACAGGAGGAAGCACUGGUGUUUCGAUCCUAAUGUUCCAUAGUUAGUCUGACAUCCAGUGCUACUCUUAAUUUAAAGGGAUAUUUCAGUAUUUUUGAAGUGAGAUGGUAUCAAUUACAUGUCAUCUGUAAGUGUAUUAGCCACAGGGGAUGAAGGUCAGCUCCUCCCCUUAACAGAGAAACUGCCGGGAAAAAUAGGACGCUAGGGUUUACAGGACCACACACUCCAAUUAAUUCUGAGAAAAUCUGACCCAAACCCUCAUCUCAAUUUCAGUAAGCAUUCUACCUAGAAAUUUUGCAGCAUGAUGUACAAGUCAUUGAUCAAUCAGGCAUUUUCAUAGUAUUGCAGAGUUUUUAUUGUAGAGUUUUUGGAUUUCAAAACGGUCUUCCACUUCAGCAGCUAGUAGCAGAGUGUUGAAGAAAGUCAGUAACAAACUGUGGUGUGUAGUAGACUCUGGUUGGUGAUCAUUCCUAUCAACUGCUGGUAUAUUUUGAUCCCCAAAGAUCCAGAGAUGCUGUUGUUGCUAAGUGUUACUCCUGACAGACAGUAGUUUUCCAAGUUUGUGGCCAUUAGCUCAGUUUACACACCUGAACCAGGUAACUUGGGAUCUUUCCUGCUCUCCAGUUCACAUCAAUGUUUCUCCACAUUUUCCUUUGGUACAGCAAAUCGCUUUUAUCCUCUUUAAAGGAUUCUGCAUAAACGGCAUAUAAUGGGUACUGUCAGAAUUCAUUACUAUUCAGUUUGGUCGUAUUUUGACUUUUUGAAGCCUGCUGAUCUAAAACAGCUCUGAGCAAACAAGCUCUCUGUUGGUAGCAUAAAUUGCUGAAAAAGAGCAGAGUGAACGCUUAAAUUAAGAUUAACUCAGGUUAGUCUCUCAAAAUGAGUUCAAUGGCAUGGUAGAGUUGAUCCCAUCUGCAGAAAACAGUAGCAUGCUUUAUGAUGCUUAGCAUCCUGUUUCUACCUGUAGUUUACCGUUAAAGGGGCCAAGCUGACCAACAUCCACUGUGGUGAAAACACUUCCUAGUGACAUGUAACUUGCACAACCCUUACUCUAGAAAUACUGAAAUAUCCCUCUAAGGUCCAAACGCUGUCAUUUAAGCUGAAAAGAUACAGUAUGUAAAAGAAGAGUUGGCAGCUCCUGUGCUAUCAACAGUCAUUUCUGGUAAAUAUAAUCCAGCCCCCCUCAUGAAGGUGUGCUCUGUCUUAUUUUCUGUCUGCCGUUGAAGUUCCUGAGUAUUUCCUCCUGAUGUAAAGAUGAUGUUCCCCACCAACAGUCCCAAAAGGCUCUGCAGAGCUCAUGUAAAUCCUGUAUCAUAAAGAUUUGAGCUGUCAAUCUGAAGCCAUUUGUUUUUUGAAAUCGUCAGGUGACUGAAAUGUUCUGUCUCCACUGUGAGGAGAAGACAGCACCUACGUUAUGGAUUCAUGAUGCUUUUUGAGAGUUCCUCGAUAAGACGCAUUGUGGAGUUAAUUCCCUCAGUCUGUCAGUAGAGACAGAAAAGGUUUCAUGAAUCCUGUAAAGAGCACUGAGUUUACUCAGCUGUAUUUAGCUGGUGAUGAAUAGAAAGAGGAGGAGCAGCACCUGAAGCUGUUGUUGUUGUUGUUAACCCGGCGCUGACUGUGAAUAGUUGUGUUGGAUUAAAGAAGUUUUGUUGCUCUCUGGCAGUGAGGCUCAGAUCUGCCUUGUACAAAUUUAAUGUAUUUUAGUCCUUGAAAUAAUGAAAUGUCAAACUUUCUUUAGUAUAAAAAAAAAAAUACUCCUUUGAAAGAUGACAGCUUCUCCUCCAGCAUAUGUCUGCUGAUGAUAUUGAUUUGGAGUGUGUGUGUGUGUGUGUGUGUGUGUGUGUGUGUGUGUGUGUGUGUGUGUGUGUGUGUGUGUGUGUGUGUGUGUGUGUGUGUGUGUGUGAGUGUGAAUGGUCUCUUGUGUCAUCUUUCUCUCUCUCUUUACUCAGAGGCUAUUUAAGAAACUGGAGCUGUUUCAGGGUGGGCUGCUGUUUUCAUGUUGUUUUUUUCAUCAGAUCCAGUUUUCUUGUUUUUGUGUUAAUUAUGAUGAAGAUGAGAGAUGCUCUCUCUCACCCUGUAUCUCUUUGUAUCAAUGUGUUUUUUGGCAGAUGAAAGGACUUUGGGCAACAAAACCAUGAAGAUUUUCUUAUUUUUAGAUUCUAAUGAUGUGUUUGAGAAUAAAGUCUGAGCUGCACCGAUGUGCAGUCGUUCAUCUAAACUCUGCCUCUUUCAUGCUGUUUAUUUCUGAACACUUUGUGACUAACUUCGCUUUGAUUAACAGCACACAAUCAUGUACACCUUUACUUCUCCUGCCACACAGCACACUGAUUUUGUAUCCUGACCUCUGCCUACAUGAAAACAAACAGAGCUGUAACUUCAAAA